GUUAGGGUUAAAAUCACUGUCCAAAACCUUUGUAGGAACUAUUUUCCAACCUUUUGGAGUUAGUUAGACCAAAAAAAAAGGAAAAAUGAAAAAAAAUAUUUGGGGUGUUCGGGCUUCCUGAAGGUAAUACCAAGGUAUUAGGUUAUGGGGCUAGGGUAAGGUUUAAGGCUUUUGGCGUUAGGGUUAAAAUCACUGUCCAAAACCUUUUUAGGAACAUGUUUCAGACCUUUUGGAGUUGGUUACACCAAAAAAAAUGUAAAAUGAAAAAGAUUUUUUUUUGGGUGUUCGGGCUUCCUGAAGGUAAUACUAGGUUUCUGGGCUAGGGUAAUGUUUUAGGUUUUUGGCGUUAGGGUUAAAAUCACUGUCCAAAACCUUUGUAGGAACUCUUUUCCAACCUUUGAGAGCAAGUUAGACCAAAACAAAAAGAAAAAUAAAAAAAAUAUUUGGGGUGUUCGGGCUUCCUGAAGGUAAUACCCGGGUAUUAGGUUAUGGGGCUAGGGAAAGGUUUAAGGUUUUUCGGCGUGAGGGUAAAAAUCACUGUCCAAAACCUUUGUAGGAACUCUUUUCCAACCUUUGGGAAAAAGUUAGACAAAAAAAAUAAGAUAAAUGAAAAAAAAAUAUUUGGGGUGUUCGGGCUUCCUGAAGGUAAUACCCGGGUAUUAGGUUUUGGGGCUAGGGUUAGGUUUAAGGUUUUUGGCAUUAGGGUUAAAAUAACUGUCCAAUAUUUUUUAAGGAACAUGUUUCAGACCUUUGGGAGUUAGUUAGACAAAAAAAAAAGAAAAAGAAAAAAAUAUAUAUUUGGGGUGUUCGGGUUUCCUGAAGGUAAUACCCGGGUAUUAGGUUAUGGGGCUAGGGUAAGGUUUAAGGUUUUUGGCGUUAGAGUUAAAAUCAGUGUCCAAAACCUUUUUAGGAACAUGUUUAAGACCUUUUAGAGUUGGUUACACCAAAAAAAAAUGUAAAAUGAAAAAAAAAUAUUUGGGGUGUUCGGGCUUCCUGAAGGUAAUACCCGGGUAUUAGGUUUUGGGGCUAGGGUAAGGUUUAAGGUUUUUGGUGUUAGGGUUAAAAUCACUGUCCAAAACCUUUGUAGGAACUCUUUUCCAACCUUUUGGAGUUAGUUAGACCAAAAAAAAAGAAAAAAGAAAAAAAUAUAUUUGGGGUCUUCGGGCUUCCUGAAGGAAAUACCCAGGUAUUAGGUUAUGGGGCUAGGGUAAGGUUUAAGGUUUUUGGCGUUAGGGUUAAAAUCACUGUCCAAAACCUUUGUAGGAACAUGUUUCAGACCUUUUGGAGUAGGUUACACCAAAAAAAAAAUGUAAAAUGAAAAAAAAAUAUUUGGGGUGUUCAAGCUUCCUGAAGGUAAUACCCAGGUAUUAGGUUAUGGGGCUAGGGUAAGGUUUAAGGUUUUUGGCGUUAGAGUUAAAAUCACUGUCCAAAACCUUUUUAGGAACAUGUUAAAGACCUUUUGGAGUUGGUUACACCAAAAAAAAUGUAAAAUGAAAAAAAAUAUAUUUGGGGUGUUCGGGCUUCCUGAAGGUAAUACCCGGGUAUUAGGUUUUGGGGCUAGGGUAAGGUUUAAGGUUUUUGGUGUUAGGGUUAAAAUCACUGUCCAAAACCUUUGUAGGAACUCUUUUCCAACCUUUUGGAGUUAGUUAGACCAAAAAAAAAGAAAAAAGAAAAAAAUAUAUUUGGGGUCUUCGGGCUUCCUGAAGGAAAUACCCAGGUAUUAGGUUAUGGGGCUAGGGUAAGGUUUAAGGUUUUUGGCGUUAGGGUUAAAAUCAAUGUCCAAAACCUUUUUAGGAACAUGUUUCAGACCUUUUGGAGUAGGUUACACCAAAAAAGAAAUGUAAAAUGAAAAAAAAUUAUUUGGGGUGUUCAAGCUUCCUGAAGGUAAUACCCGGGUAUUAGGUUAUGGGGCUAUAGUAAGGUUUAAGGUUUUUGGCGUUAGGGUUAAAAUCACUGUCCAAAACCUUUGUAGGAACUAUUUUCCAACCUUUUGGAGUUAGUUAGACCAAAAAAAAAGAAAAAUGAAAAAAAAAUAUUUGGGGUGUUCGGGCUUCCUGAAGGUAAUACCCGGGUAUUAGGUUAUGGGGCUAGGGUAAGGUUUAAGGUUUUGGCGUUAGGGUUUAAAUCACUGUCCAAAACCUUUGUAGGAACUCUUUUCCAACCUUUUGGAGUUGGUUACACCAAAAAAAAUGUAAAAUGAAAAAGAUUUUUUUUUGGGUGUUCGGGCUUCCUGAAGGUAAUACUAGGUUUCUGGGCUAGGGUAAUGUUUUAGGUUUUUGGCGUUAGGGUUAAAAUCAAUGUCCAAAACCUUUGUAGUAACUCUUUUCCAACCUUUGAGAGCAAGUUAGACCAAAACAAAAAGAAAAAUAAAAAAUAUAUAUUUGGGGUGUUCGGGCUUCCUGAAGGUAAUACCCGGGUAUUAGGUUAUGGGGCUAGGGAAAGGUUUAAGGUUUUUCGGCGUGAGGGUAAAAAUCACUGUCCAAAACCUUUGUAGGAACUCUUUUCCAACCUUUGGGAAAAAGUUAGACAAAAAAAUAAGAUAAAUGAAAAAAAAAUAUUUGGGGUGUUCGGGCUUCCUGAAGGUAAUACCCGGGUAUUAGGUUUUGGGGCUAGGGUUAGGUUUAAGGUUUUUGGCGUUAGGGUUAAAAUAACUGUCCAAUAUUUUUUAAGGAACAUGUUUCAGACCUUUGGGAGUUAGUUAGACAAAAAAAAAAGAAAAAGAAAAAAAUAUAUAUUUGGGGUGUUAGGGCCUCCUGAAGGUAAUACCCGGGUAUUAGGUUAUGGGGCUAGGGUAAGGUUUAAGGUUUUUGGCGUUAGAGUUAAAAUCAGUGUCCAAAACCUUUUUAGGAACAUGUUUAAGACCUUUUAGAGUUGGUUACACCAAAAAAAAAUGUAAAAUGAAAAAAAAAUAUUUGGGGUGUUCGGGCUUACUGAAGGUAAUACCCGGGUAUUAGGGUUUUGGGGCUAGGGUAAGGUUUAAGGUUUUUGGUGUUAGGGUUAAAAUCACUGUCCAAAACCUUUGUAGGAACUCUUUUCCAACCUUUUGGAGUUAGUUAGACCAAAAAAAAAGAAAAAUGAAAAAAUAUAUUUGGGGUCUUCGGGCUUCCUGAAGGAAAUACCCAGGUAUUAGGUUAUGGGGCUAGGGUAAGGUUUAAGGUUUUUGGCGUUAGGGUUAAAAUCAAUGUCCAAAACCUUUUUAGGAACAUGUUUCAGACCUUUUGGAGUAGGUUACACCAAAAAAAAAUGUAAAAUGAAAAAAAAAUAUUUGGGGUGUUCAAGCUUCCUGAAGGUAAUACCCAGGUAUUAGGUUAUGGGGCUAGGGUAAGGUUUAAGGUUUUUGGCGUUAGAGUUAAAAUCAGUGUCCAAAACCUUUUUAGGAACAUGUUUAAAGCCGCAUUCAGACCAGCCGCGACCUGACGCGACUUGGCGACGGCUCUUAAUGCAAAGUGUAUGGCCAGCCGCGACCUGACGCGACUUGGCGACCGCCGGCUUCCUGUGACGCGACCAUGCGCGACCGGGCGACCGGUCGCCAAGGCGCGUCCCCGAGGUCGCGUCGCCGAGGUCGCAGGACGCCAAGUCGCGUCGCUCCCAAAGUUCAAAUAUUUGAACUUUGGGAGCGACUUCGUGCCGCGACAGCCAAUCAGGGCUCUGCUGACGUCAACAAACCGGCGAAACAAGGAAGAGGAGAAGAAGAAUCACAAUGGAGGAGCAGUUAAUCACAUCCGUUAGCUACCACCCAGCUAACUGCCCCUGCUUGCUAGGCUACAUGUUUCAACGUAUGUGUGUGUGUGUCUUUGCAGUGGAUGUGUGCCACAAGCGGUGGAAGGGGCUUAGAGACGUUUAUAUGAGGGACAGACAUAUAGACAGGCGCUCCGAAGCUGAGAUGGAGCGCCUGUAUUUCGUGUCCAGGCGGGAGAUGCUGCUUCCCACCUGGGCGAGGAGGUCCUCGAACUGCGCCGUCGACACACGGAAAUACCGCUGGAAGCGGCCGUCGUCCAGGCGGAGUUCCUGGAGCAAGCGGUGAAAUUCACCCAGCUCCGUCCUCCUCCGGAUGGUUUCAUGCACCCAUAAACGCCGGCGGCGUCUACUGCGGAUGUACAGAUAUGCGGCAGCACUGAUGAACUGAAAACUGAGCUAGUGACAUGGAUGACGUCACCGGCGACCAGCCGCGACCUGCGACUGCAACUUUGGACCCGGUGUGAACACACCAGAGCACCACGCGACGCGACCUGACCGACCAACGCGACGCGACGCGACCUGGUCGCGUUUGGUCUGAACGCGGCUUUAGACCUUUUGGAGUUGGUUACACCAAAAAAAAAUGUAAAAUGAAAAAAAAUAUAUUUGGGGUGUUCGGGCUUCCUAAAGGUAAUACCCGGGUAUUAGGUUUUGGGGCUAGGGUAAGGUCUAAGGUUUUUGGUGUUAGGGUUAAAAUCACUGUCCAAAACCUUUGUAGGAACUCUUUUCCAACCUUUUGGAGUUAGUUAGACCAAAAAAAAAGAAAAAAGAAAAAAAUAUAUUUGGGGUCUUCGGGCUUCCUGAAGGAAAUACCCAGGUAUUAGGUUAUGGGGCUAGGGUAAGGUUUAAGGUUUUUGGCGUUAGGGUUAAAAUAACUGUCCAAUAUUUUUUAAGGAACAUGUUUCAGACCUUUGGGAGUUAGUUAGACAAAAAAAAAAGAAAAAGAAAAAAAUAUAUAUUUGGGGUGUUCGGGCCUCCUGAAGGUAAUACCCGGGUAUUAGGUUAUGGGGCUAGGGUAAGGUUUAAGGUUUUUGGCGUUAGGGUUAAAAUCAGUGUCCAAAACCUUUUUAGGAACAUGUUUAAGACCUUUUAGAGUUGGUUACACCAAAAAAAAAAGUAAAAUGAAAAAAAAAUAUUUGGGGUGUUCGGGCUUCCUGAAGGUAAUACCCGGGUAUUAGGUUUUGGGGCUAGGGUAAGGUUUAAGGUUUUUGGUGUUAGGGUUAAAAUCACUGUCCAAAACCUUUGUAGGAACUCUUUUCCAACCUUUUGGAGUUAGUUAGACCAAAAAAAGAAAAAAGAAAAAAAUAUAUUUGGGGUCUUCGGGCUUCCUGAAGGAAAUACCCAGGUAUUAGGUUAUGGGGCUAGGGUAAGGUUUAAGGUUUUUGGCGUUGGGGUUAAAAUCAAUGUCCAAAACCUUUUUAGGAACAUGUUUCAGACCUUUUGGAGUAGGUUACACCAAAAAAAAAAUGUAAAAUGAAAAAAAAAUAUUUGGGGUGUUCAAGCUUCCUGAAGGUAAUACCCAGGUAUUAGGUUAUGGGGCUAGGGUAAGGUUUAAGGUUUUUGGCGUUAGAGUUAAAAUCAGUGUCCAAAACCUUUUUAGGAACAUGUUUAAGACCUUUUAGAGUUGGUUACACCAAAAAAAAAAUGUAAAAUGAAAAAAAAUAUAUUUGGGGUGUUCGGGCUUCCUAAAGGUAAUACCCGGGUAUUAGGUUAUGGGGCUAGGGUAAGGUCUAAGGUUUUUGGUGUUAGGGUUAAAAUCACUGUCCAAAACCUUUGUAGGAACUCUUUUCCAACCUUUUGGAGUUAGUUAGACCAAAAAAAAAGAAAAAAGAAAAAAAUAUAUUUGGGGUCUUCGGGCUUCCUGAAGGAAAUACCCAGGUAUUAGGUUAUGGGGCUAGGGUAAGGUUUAAGGUUUUUGGCGUUAGGGUUAAAAUCAAUGUCCAAAACCUUUUUAGGAACAUGUUUCAGACCUUUUGGAGUAGGUUACACCAAAAAAGAAAUGUAAAAUGAAAAAAAAAUAUUUGGGGUGUUCAAGCUUCCUGAAGGUAAUACCCGGGUAUUAGGUUAUGGGGCUAUAGUAAGGUUUAAGGUUUUUGGCGUUAGGGUUAAAAUCACUGUCCAAAACCUUUGUAGGAACUAUUUUCCAACCUUUUGGAGUUAGUUAGACCAAAAAAAAACGAAAAAUGAAAAAAAAUAUUUGGGGUGUUCGGGCUUCCUGAAGGUAAUACCCGGGUAUUAGGUUCUGGGGCUAGGGUAAGGUUUAAGGUUUUUGGCGUAAGGGUUAAAAUCACUGUCCAAAACCUUUUUAGGAACAUGUUUCAGACCUUUUGGAGUUGGUUGCACCAAAAAAAAUGUAAAAUGAAAAAAAAAUUUAUUUUGGGUGUUCGGGCUUCCUGAAGGUAAUCCUAGGUGUCUGGGCUAGGGUAAUGUUUAAGGUUUUUGGCGUUAGGGUUAAAAUCAAUGUCCAAAACCUUUGUAGGAACUCUUUUCCAACCUUUGAGAGCAAGUUAGACCAAAACAAAUAGAAAAAUAAAAAAUAUAUAUUUGGGGUGUUCGGGCUUCCUGAAGGUAAUACCCGGGUAUUAGGUUAUGGGGCUAGGGUAAGGUUUAAGGUUUUUCGGCGUGAGGGUUAAAAUCACUGUCCAAAACCUAUGUAGGAACUCUUUUCCAACCUUUGAGAGAGAGUUAGACCAAAAAAAAAAAAGGAAAAAAAUAUAUUUGGGGUCUUCGUGCUUCCUGAACGAAAUAACCGGGUAUGAGGUUAUGGGGCUAGGGUAAGGUUUAAGGUUUUUGGCGUUAGGGUUAAAAUCACUGUCCAAAACCUUUGUAGGAACUCUUUUCCAACCUUUUGGAGUUAGAUAGAGCAAAAACUAACGAAAAAUAAAAAAAAAAUAUUUGGGGUUUUUGGGCUUCUGAAGGUAAUACCCGGGUAUUAGGUUAUGGGGCUAUAGUAAGGUUUAAGGUUUUUGGCGUGAGGGUUAAAAUCACUGUCCAAAACCUUUGUAGGACCUCUUUUCCAACCUUUUGGUGUUAGUUAGACCAAAAAAAAAACGAACAAUGAAAAAAAAAUAUUUGGGGUUUUUGGGCUUCCUGAAGGUAAUACCCGGGUAUUAGGUUAUGGGGCUAGGGUAAGGUUUGAGGUUUUUGGCGUUAGGUUUAAAAUCACUGUCCAAAACCUUUUUAGGAACAUGUUUAAGACCUUUUGGAGUUGGUUACACCAAAAAAAAUGUAAAAAGAAAAAAUAUAUGUUUGGGUUCAUAUUUGGGUUUUUAUUUCAAGUUCAACAAUUGCAACAACCUCAAGUUCAAAAACCGCCACAAACUCAAGUUCAAAAACACCACAACCUCAAGUUAAAAAAACACCACAAACUCAAGUUCAAACACGACACAAACUGAAGUUCAACAAACACAAAACCUCGAGUUCAAAAACACCACAACCUCAAGUUCAAAAACACCACAAACUCAAGUUCAAAAAAACCAUAAACUCAAGUUCAAACACGACACAAACUCAAGUUUGAAAACACCACAAACUCAAGUUCAAACACGUCACAAACUCAAAUUCAACAAUUGCCACAACCUCAAGUUCAAAAACACCAAAAACUCAAGUUCAAAAACACCACAACCUCAAGUUCAAAAAACACCACAAACUGAAGUUCAAACACGACACAAACUGAAGUUCAACAAACACACAAACUCAAGUUCAACCAAUACCCAAUUAUCAAGUUCAACAAUUGCCAAAACCUCAAGUUCAGAAACAACAAACUCAAGUUAAAAAAACACACAAACUCAAGUUCAACAAAAACCACAAACUCAAGUUCAACCAACACCUGAUUCUCAAGUUUUUACAAUUUCCACAACCUCAAGUUCAAAAACAACACAAACUCAAGUACAAAAAAAAACAUAAACUAAAGUUCAAUCAAAGCACAAAAUCAAGUUCAACAAAAACCACAAACUCAAGUUCAACCAACACCUGAUUCUCAAGUUUUAACAAUUUUCACAACCUCAAGUUCAAAAACCACCACAAACUCAAGUUCAAACACGCCACAAUCUCAAGUUCAAACACGCCACAAACUCAAGUUCAAAAACCUCCACAAACUCAAUUCAAAAAUACCACGACCUCAAGUUCAAACACAACACAAGCUGGAGUUCAACAUAUACCACAAACUCAAGUUCAACAAAUGGCAAAGUUUUAAGUUCAACCAACACCCAAAUCUCAAGUUUAACAAUUGCAACAACCUCAAGUUCAAACACGCCACGAACUCAAAUCAAAAACACCACAAACUCAAGUUCAAACACGACACAAACUGAAGUUCAACAAACACAAAAACUCGAGUUCAAAAACACCACAACCUGAAGUUCAAACGACACAAACUCAAAUUCCACAAACACCACGAACUCAAGUUCAAAAACACCACAAACUCAAGUUCAAAAACACCACAAAAUCAAGUUCAAACACGUCACAAACUCAAGUUCAACAAUUGCCACAACCUCAAGUUCAAAAACCACCACAAACUCAAGUUCAAAAAAACACACAACCUCAAGUUCAAAAAACACCACAAACUCAAGUUCAAACACGACACAAACUGAAGUUCAACAAACACAAAGACUCGAGUUCAAAAACACCACAAACUGAAGUUCAAACAUGACACAAACUCAAGUUAAAAAAAAACACAAACUCAAGUUCAACCAAUACCCAAUUCUCAAGUUUAACAAUUUCCACAACCUCAAGUUCAAAAACACCACAAACUCGAGUUCAAAAACACCACAAAAUCAUGUUUAAACACGUCACAAACUCACGUUUAACAAAUGCCACAAACUCAAGUUUAACAAAUGCCACAAACUCAAGUUCAACAAUUGCCACCAACUAAAGUUCACUUAAAACAACAGACUCAAGUUCAACAAUUGACAAAACCUCCAGUUCAGAAAAAACAAACUCAAGUAAAAAAAACACACAAACUCAAGUUAAACAAACACGCAAACUCAAGUUUAAAAACACCAAAACCUCAAGCUCAAAAACGACACAAACUCAAGUUCAACAAAAACCACAAACUCAAGCUAAAAAAACCCCACAAACUCAAGUUCAACCAACACCUGAUUCUCAAGUUUUAACAAUUUUCACAACCUCAAGUUCAAAAACACCACAAACUCAAGUUCAAACACGCCACAAUCUCAAGCUCAAAAACACCACAACCUCAAGCUCAAAAAACACCACAAACUCAAGUUCAAACACUACACAAACUCAAGUUCAAAAACAACACAAACUCAAGUUCAACCAAUACCCAAUUUUUGGGUUUAACAAUUUCCAUAACCUCAAGAUCAACAAACACACAAACUCAAGUUCAAAAAUACCACAAACUCAAGUUCAAACACGACACAAACUCAAGUUCAACAAACACACAAACUCAAGUUCAACCAACACCUGAUUCUCAAGUUUAACAAUUUCCACAACCUCAAGUUCAAAAACAACAGAAACCCAAGUUGAACCAACACCCGAUUCUCAAGUUUAACAAUUUCCACAAACUCAAGUUCAAAAACACCACAAACCCAAGUUCAAAAACGACACAAACUAAAGUUAAACAAACAGCUCAAACUCAAGUUCAACAAAUGUCAAAGUUUUAAGUUCAACCAACACCAAAAUCUCAAUUUAACAAUUGCAACAACCUAAAGUUCAAAAACGCCACAAACUCAAGUUCAAACAUGACACAAACUCAAGUUCAACGAACACCAAAAACUCAAGUUAAAAAACACCACAAACUCAAGUUCGAACACGUCACAAACUCAAGUCCAACAAACACCACAAACUCAAGUUCAACCAACACCCAAUCCUCAAGUUUAACAAUUUCCACAAACUGAAGUUCAAACACGCCACGAACUCAAGUCAAAAACACCACAACCUCAAGUUCAAAAAACACCACAAACUCAAGUUCAACCACCACCCAAUCCUCAAGUUUAACAAUUUCCACAAACUGAAGUUCAAAAAACCACAACCUCAAGUUAAAAAAAAACACAAACUCAAGUUCAAACACACCAAAAACUUAAGUUCAACAAUCACAAAUACUCGAGCUCAAAAACACCACAACCUACAGUUCAAACACGACACAAACUCAAGUUCAACAAAAACCACAAACUCAAGUUCAACAAAUGACAAACUUUUAAGUUCAACCAACACCCAAAUCUCAAUUUUAGAAAUUGCCACAACCUAAAGUUCAAAAGCAACACAAACUCAAGUUCAAAAACACCACAACCUCAGGCUCAAAAAACACCACAAACCGAAGUUCAAACACGACACAAACUCAAGUUCAACAAACACACAAACUCAAGUUCAACCAAUACCAAAUUUUCAAGUUCAACAAUUUCUAACAACCUCAAGUUCAAAAACACCACAAACUCAAGUUCAAAAAAACCAUAAACUCAAGUUCAAACACGACACAAACUCAAGUUUGAAAACACCACAAACUCAAGUUCAAACAAGACACAAACUUAAGUUCAACAAACACACAAACUCAAGUUCAACAAAUGCCAAACUUUUAAGUUGAACCAACACCCAAAUCUCAAGUUCAACAAAUGUCAAACUCAAGUUAAACAAUUGCCACAAACUCAAGUUCAGAAACAACAAACUCAAGUUAAAAAAAACACAAACUCAAGUUUAACAAACACGCAAACUCAAAUUCAAAAACACCACAAACUCGAGCUCAAACAUGACACAAACUCAAGUUAAAAAAAAACAAAUACUCAAGUUCAAUCAACACCUGAUUCUCAAGUUUAACAAGUUCCACAACCUCAAGUUGAAAAAUAACACAAACUCAAGUACAAAACACCACAAACUCAAGUUCAAAAACACCACAACCUCAAGUUCAAAAAACACCACAAACUGAAGUUAAAACACAACACAAUCUCUUGUUCAACAAACACACAAACUCAAGUUCAACCAAUACCCAAUUCUCAUGUUUCACAAUUUCCAACACCUCAAGUUCAAAAACACCACAAACUCAAGUUCAAAAAAACCACAAACUCAAGUUCAAAGACACCAAAAACUAAAGUUCAAAAAACACACAAACUCAAGUUUGAAAACACCACAAACUCAAGUUCAAACAAGACACAAACUUAAGUUCAACAAACACACAAACUCAAGUUCAACAAUUGCCACAACCUAGAGUUCAACAAACGCCACAAACUCAAGUUCAAAAACACAACACACCCUCAAGUUCAAAAACACCAAAAACUCAAGUUCAAAAACACCACAAACAAAGUGCAAACACGAAACAAACUCAAGUUCAAAAACACCACAAACUCAAGUUCAACAAUUGCCACCAAUUAAAGUUCACCAAAAACCACAGACUCAAGUUCAACAAUUGCCACAAACUCAAGUUCAAAAAAAUUAAGUUCAAAAAACACACAAAUUCAAGUUCAACAAACACGAACUCAAGUUCAAACACGACACAAACUCAAGUUAAACCAACAAACAAAUCUCAAGUUUAACAAUUGCCACAACCUAGAGUUCAACAAACGCCACAACUCAAGUUCAACAAACACACAAACUCAAGUUCAAAAAGACCACAAACUCAAGUUCAAACAUGACACAAACGCAAGUUCAACAAACACACAAACUCAAAUUCAACCGAUACCCAAUUCUCAAGUUUAACAAAUUCCACACCCUCAAGUUCAAAAACACCAAAAACUCAAGUUCAAAAACACGACACAAACUCAAGUUCAAACACGACACAAACUCAAGUUCAAACAUAACACAAACUCAAGUUCAACAAACACACAAACUCAAGUUAAACAAACAAGAAUCCUCAAGUUCAAAAACACCACAACCUCAAGAUCAAACAUGAAACAAACUCAAGUUCAAUCAACACCCAAAUCUCAAGUUUACGUUUUUCCACAACCUCAAGUUGAAAAAUAACACAAACUCAAGUACAAAACACCACAAACUCAAGUUCAAAAACACCACAACCUCAAGUUCAAAAAACACCACAAACUGAAGUUAAAACACAACACAAUCUCUUGUUCAACAAACACACAAACUCAAGUUCAACCAAUACCCAAUUCUCAUCUUUCACAAUUUCCAACACCUCAAGUUCAAAAAGACCACAAACUCAAGUUCAAAAACACCACAAACUCAAGUUCAACCACGAUUCAAACUCAAGUUUGAAAACACCACAAACUCAAGUUCAAACAAGACACAAACUUAAGUUCAACAAACUCAAGUUCAACAAAUGCCAAACUUUUAAGUUGAACCAACACCCAAAUCUCAAGUUCAACAAUUGCCACAACCUAGAGUUCAACAAACGCCACAAACUCAAGUUCAAACACGAAACAAACUCAAGUUCAAAAACACCACAAACUCAAGUUCAAAAACACAACACACCCUCAAGUUCAAAAACACCAAAAACUCAAGUUCAAAAACACCACAAACAAAGUGCAAACACGAAACAAACUCAAGUUCAAAAACACCACAAACUCAAGUUCAACAAUUGCCACCAAUUAAAGUUCACCAAAAACCACAGACUCAAGUUCAACAAUUGCCACAAACUCAAGUUAAAAAAAAUUAAGUUCAAAAAACACACAAAUUCAAGUUCAACAAACAACACGAACUCAAGUUCAAACACGACACAAACUCAAGUUAAACCAACAAACAAAUCUCAAGUUUAACAAUUGCCACAACCUAGAGUUCAACAAACGCCACAACUCAAGUUCAACAAACACACAAACUCAAGUUCAAAAAGACCACAAACUCAAGUUCAAACAUGACACAAACUCAAGUUCAACAAACACACAAACUCAAAUUCAACCGAUACCCAAUUCUCAAGUUUAACAAAUUCCACACCCUCAAGUUCAAAAACACCAAAAACUCAAGUUCAAAAACACGACACAAACUCAAGUUCAUACACGACACAAACUCAAGUUCAAACAUAACACAAAGUCAAGUUCAACAAACACACAAACUCAAGUUAAACAAACAAGAAUCCUCAAGUUAAAAAACACCACAACCUCAAGAUCAAACAUGAAACAAACUCAAGUUCAAUCAACACCCAAAUCUCAAGUUUACGUUUUUCCACAACCUCAAGUUGAAAAAUAACACAAACUCAAGUACAAAACACCACAAACUCAAGUUCAAAAACACCACAACCUCAAGUUCAAAAAACACCACAAACUGAAGUUAAAACACAACACAAUCUCUUGUUCAACAAACACACAAACUCAAGUUCAACCAAUACCCAAUUCUCAUGUUUCACAAUUUCCAACACCUCAAGUUCAAAAAGACCACAAACUCAAGUUCAAAAACACCACAAACUCAAGUUCAAACAAGACACAAACUUAAGUUCAACAAACACACAAACUCAAGUUCAACAAAUGCCAAACUUUUAAGUUGAACCAACACCCAAAUCUCAAGUUCAACAAUUGCCACAACCUAGAGUUCAACAAAUGCCACAAACUCAAGUUCAAACACGAAACAAACUCAAGUUCAAAAACACCACAACCUCAAGUUCAAAAACACAACACACCCUCAAUUUCGAAAACACCACAAACUCAAGUUCAACCACGAUUCAAACUCAAGUUCAAAAACACCACAAACUCAAGUUCAAAGACACCAAAAACUAAAGUUCAAAAAACACACAAACUCAAGUUUGAAAACACCACAAACUCAAGUUCAAACAAGACACAAACUUAAGUUCAACAAACACCCAAAUCUCAAGUUCAACAAUUGCCACAACCUAGAGUUCAACAAACGCCACAAACUCAAGUUCAAACACGAAACAAACUCAAGUUCAAAAACACCACAAACUCAAGUUCAAAAACACAACACACCCUCAAGUUCAAAAACACCAAAAACUCAAGUUCAAAAACACCACAAAGUUCAAACACAAAACAAACUCAAGUUCAAAAACACCACAAACUCAAGUUCAACAAUUGCCACCAAUUAAAGUUCACCAAAAACCACAGACUCAAGUUCAACAAUUGCCACAAACUCAAGUUCAAAAAAAUUAAGUUCAAAAAACACACAAAUUCAAGUUCAACAAACAACACGAACUCAAGUUCAAACACGACACAAACUCAAGUUCAACCAACAACCAAAUCUCAAGUUUAACAAUUGCCACAACCUAGAGUUCAACAAACGCCACAACUCAAGGUAAACAAACACACAAACUCAAGUUCAAAAAGACCACAAACUCAAGUUCAAACAAGACACAAACUCAAGUUCAACAAACACACAAACUCAAAUUCAACCAAUACCCAAUUCUCAAGUUUAAAAAAUUCCACACCCUCAAGUACAAAAACACCAAAAACUCAAGUUCAAAAACACAACACAAACUCAAGUUCAUACACGACACAAACUCAAGUUCAAACAUAACACAAACUCAAGUUCAACAAACACACAAACUCAAGUUCAAACACGACACAAACUCAAGUUCAAAAACAACAGAAACUCAAGUUCAACAAACGCCAAAAACUCAAGUUCUAACACGGACAAACUCAAGUUCAAAAACACCACAAACUCAAGUUCAACCAAAACCAGAUUCUCAACUUUAAAAAAUUUCACACCCUCAAGUUAAAAAUAAAGACAACUUCAAGUUCAAAAACACCACAAACUCAGGUUCAAACACUACACAAACCCAAUUUAAAAACACAAAAUAGUUCAACCAAUACCCAAUUCUUAAGUUUAACAAUUUCCUCAACCUCAAGUUCAAGACCACCAAAAACUCAAGUUCAAAAACAGCACAAACUCAAGUUAAACAAACACACAAACUCAAGUUCAUAAACACCACAAACUCAAGUUCAAACACACCACAAACUCAAGUUCAAAAAACAAACAAACUCAAGUUCAACCAACACCCGAUUAUAAGGUUUAACAAUUUCCACAACCUCAAGUUCAAAAAAACAGAAACUCAAGUUAAAAAAAACACGAAAACUCAAGUUCACCAAACAUGCAAAUUCAAGUUAAAAAAACCCAUAAACUCAAGUUCAAACACAACACAAAAUCAAGAUCAAAAACACAAAAAAAUCAGUUCAACCAAUACCCAAUUCUCAAGUUUAACAAUUUCCACAACCUCAAGUUCAAAAACACCACAAACUCAAGUUCAAAAACACCAUAAACUCAAGUUCAAACACGACACAAACUCAAGUUCAAACACGACACAAACGCUAGUUAAAAAACACAAAAAAAUCAAGUUCAACCAAUACCCAAUUCUCAAGUUUAACAAUUUCCACAACCUCAAGUUCAAAAACACAAAAAACUCAAGUUCAACCAAUAACCAAUUCUCAAGUUUAACAACUUCCACAAGCUCAAUUUCAAAACCACCAAAAAUUCAAGUUCAAAAACACCAAAAACUCAAGUUCAAACAUGAAACAAACUCAAGUUAAAAAAAAACACAAACUCAAGUUCAAACACAACACAAACUCAAGUUCAACAAGCACACAAACUCAAGUUCAAACACGACACAAAUUCAAGUUCAAAAACAACAGAAACUCAAGUUCAAAAACACCACAAACUCAAGUUCAAACAUAACACAAAAUCAUGUUAAACAAACACACAAACUCAAGUUAAAACACGACACAAACUCAAGUUCAAAAACACCACAAACUCAAGUUCAAACACAAAAUCAAGUUCAAAAACACCACAAACUCAAGUUCAAAAACACCACAAACUCAAGUUCAGACACGACACAAACUCAAGUUCAACAAAUGCCACAAACUCAAGUUCAAACAUGACACAAACUCAAGUUCAACAAACACACAAACUCAAAUUCAACCAAUACCCAAUUCUCAAGUUUAACAAAUUCCACACCCUCAAGUUCAAGUUCAAACAUAACACAAACUCAAGUUCAACAAACACACAAACUCAAGUUCAAACACGACACAAACUCAAGUUCAAAAACAACAGAAACUCAAGUUCAACAAACGCCAAAAACUCAAGUUCUAACACGGACAAACUCAAGUUCAAAAACACCACAAACUCAAGUUCAACCAAAACCAGAUUCUCAACUUUAAAAAAUUUCACACCCUCAAGUUAAAAAUAAACACAACUUCAAGUUCAAAAACACCACAAACUCAGGUUCAAACACUACACAAACCCAAUUUAAAAACACAAAAAAGUUCAACCAAUACCCAAUUCUUAAGUUUAACAAUUUCCUCAACCUCAAGUUCAAGACCACCAAAAACUCAAGUUCAAAAACAGCACAAACUCAAGUUAAACAAACACACAAACUCAAGUUCAUAAACACCACAAACUCAAGUUCAAACACACCACAAACUCAAGUUCAAAAAACAAACAAACUCAAGUUCAACCAACACCCGAUUAUAAGGUUUAACAAUUUCCACAACCUCAAGUUCAAAAAAACAGAAACUCAAGUUAAAAAAAACACGAAAACUCAAGUUCACCAAACAUGCAAAUUCAAGUUAAAAAAACCCAUAAACUCAAGUUCAAACACAACACAAAAUCAAGAUCAAAAACACAAAAAAAUCAGUUCAACCAAUACCCAAUUCUCAAGUUUAACAAUUUCCACAACCUCAAGUUCAAAAACACCACAAACUCAAGUUCAAAAACACCAUAAACUCAAGUUCAAACACGACACAAACUCAAGUUCAAACACGACACAAACGCUAGUUAAAAAACACAAAAAAAUCAAGUUCAACCAAUACCCAAUUCUCAAGUUUAACAAUUUCCACAACCUCAAGUUCAAAAACACAAAAAACUCAAGUUCAACCAAUACCCAAUUCUCAAGUUUAACAACUUCCACAAGCUCAAUUUCAAAACCACCAAAAAUUCAAGUUCAAAAACACCAAAAACUCAAGUUCAAACAUGAAACAAACUCAAGUUAAAAAAAAACACAAACUCAAGUUCAAACACAACACAAACUCAAGUUCAACAAGCACACAAACUCAAGUUCAAACACGACACAAAUUCAAGUUCAAAAACAACAGAAACUCAAGUUCAAAAACACCACAAACUCAAGUUCAAACAUAACACAAAAUCAUGUUAAACAAACACACAAACUCAAGUUAAAACACAACACAAACUCAAGUUCAAAAACACCACAAACUCAAGUUCAAACACAAAAUCAAGUUCAAAAACACCACAAACUCAAGUUCAAAAACACCACAAACUCAAGUUCAGACACGACACAAACUCAAGUUCAACAAACGCCACAAACUCAAGUUCAAACAUGACACAAACUCAAGUUCAACAAACACACAAACUCAAAUUCAACCAAUACCCAAUUCUCAAGUUUAACAAAUUCCACACCCUCAAGUUCAAGUUCAAACAUAACACAAACUCAAGUUCAACAAACACACAAACUCAAGUUCAAACACGACACAAACUCAAGUUCAAAAACAACAGAAACUCAAGUUCAACAAACGCCAAAAACUCAAGUUCUAACACGGACAAACUCAAGUUCAAAAACACCACAAACUCAAGUUCAACCAAAACCAGAUUCUCAACUUUAAAAAAUUUCACACCCUCAAGUUAAAAAUAAACACAACUUCAAGUUCAAAAACACCACAAACUCAGGUUCAAACACUACACAAACCCAAUUUAAAAACACAAAAAAGUUCAACCAAUACCCAAUUCUUAAGUUUAACAAUUUCCUCAACCUCAAGUUCAAGACCACCAAAAACUCAAGUUCAAAAACAGCACAAACUCAAGUUAAACAAACACACAAACUCAAGUUCAUAAACACCACAAACUCAAGUUCAAACACACCACAAACUCAAGUUCAAAAAACAAACAAACUCAAGUUCAACCAACACCCGAUUAUAAGGUUUAACAAUUUCCACAACCUCAAGUUCAAAAAAACAGAAACUCAAGUUAAAAAAAACACGAAAACUCAAGUUCACCAAACAUGCAAAUUCAAGUUAAAAAAACCCAUAAACUCAAGUUCAAACACAACACAAAAUCAAGAUCAAAAACACAAAAAAAUCAGUUCAACCAAUACCCAAUUCUCAAGUUUAACAAUUUCCACAACCUCAAGUUCAAAAACACCACAAACUCAAGUUCAAAAACACCAUAAACUCAAGUUCAAACACGACACAAACUCAAGUUCAAACACGACACAAACGCUAGUUAAAAAACACAAAAAAAUCAAGUUCAACCAAUACCCAAUUCUCAAGUUUAACAAUUUCCACAACCUCAAGUUCAAAAACACAAAAAACUCAAGUUCAACCAAUACCCAAUUCUCAAGUUUAACAACUUCCACAAGCUCAAUUUCAAAACCACCAAAAAUUCAAGUUCAAAAACACCAAAAACUCAAGUUCAAACAUGAAACAAACUCAAGUUAAAAAAAAACACAAACUCAAGUUCAAACACAACACAAACUCAAGUUCAACAAGCACACAAACUCAAGAUCAAAAACACCAAAAACUUAAGUUCCAACACAACACAAACUCAAGUUCAACAAACACUAACUCAAGUUCAUCCAACACCUGAUUCUCAAGUUAAACAAUUUCCACAAACUCAAGUUCAGAAAAACCCCACAAACUCAAGUUCAACCAAUACCAAAUUGUCAAGUUAAACAAAUUCCACACCCUCAAGUUUAAACACGACACAAACUCAAGUCCAAAAACACCACAACCUCAAGUUCAAACACACAAACUCAAGUUCAAAAACACCCCAAGCUAAAGUUCAAACAUGACACAAACUCAAGUUCAACAAACACACAAACUCAAGUUCAACCAACACCUGAUUCAAAGGUUUAACAAUUUCCAAUACCUCAAGUUCAAAAACAACAGAAACUCAAGUUCAAAAACACCACAAACUCAAGUUCAAACACGACACAAACUCUAGUUAAAAAACACAAAAAAAUCAAGUUCAACCAAUACCCAAUUCUCAAGUUUAACAAUUUCCACAACCUCAAGUUCAAAAACACCAAAAAUCAAGUUCAAAAAGACCACAAACUCAAGUUCAAACACGACACACAAACUCAAGUUCAACAAUUGCCAAGAAUUCAAGUUCAAACACAUAACAAAUUCAAGUUCAAAAUCACCACAAACUCAAGUUCAACCAAUACCCAAUUCUCAAGUUUAACAAUUUCCACAACCUCAAGUUCGAAAACAUCACAAACUCAAGUUCAACAAACAUCACAAACUCAAGUUCAACCAAUACCCAAUUCUAAAGUUUAACAAAUUCCACACCCUCAAGUUAAAAAAACCACAAACUCAAGUUCAAAAACCCCAUUUACUCAAGUUCAAACACAACACAAACUCAAUUUCAACAAACGCCACAAACUCAAGUUCAAACAAGAAACAAACUCAAGUAAAAAAAAACCAGAAACUCAAGUUCAAACACAACACAAACUCAAGUUCAACAAACACCACAAACGAAAUUUCCAACAUGAUACAAACUCAAGUUCAACAAACACACUAACUGAAGUCCAUCCAACACCUGAUUCUCAAGUUUCAAAAUUUCAACAAACUCAAGUUCAAAAACACCACAAAAUCAAGUUCAAACACAACACAAAAUCAAGUUAAACAAACACACAAACUCAAGUUAAAACACGACACAAACUCAAGUUCAAAAACACCACAAACUCAAGUUCAAACACAAACUCAAGUUCAACAAACACACAAAAUCAAGUUAAAAAACACCCCAAACUCAAGUUCAAACUUGACACAAACUCAAGUUCAACAAACACACAAACUCAAGUUAAACCAACACCCAAUUCUCAAGUUUAACAAAUUCCACACCCUCAAGUUCAAAAACACCAGAAAACUCAAGUUCAAAAACACCACAAACUCAAGUUCAGACACGACACAAACUCAAGUUCAACAAACGCCACAAACUCAAGUUCAAACACGACACAAAUUCAAGUUCAAAAACAACAGAAACUCAAGUUCAACAAACGCCACAAACUCAAGUUCAAACACAACACAAACUCAAGUUAAACAAACACACAAACUCAAGUUGAAACACGACACAAACUCAAGUUCAAAAACACCACAAACUCAAGUUCAAACACAAACUCAAGUUCAACAAACACACAAAAUCAAGUUAAAAAACACCACAAACUCAAGUUCAAACAUGACACAAACUCAAGUUCAACAAACACACAAACUCAAGUUAAACCAACACCUGAUUCAAAGGUUUAACAAUUUCCAAUACCUCAAGUUCAAAAACAACAGAAACUCAAGUUCAAAAACACCACAAACUCAAGUUCAAACACGACACAAACUCUAGUUAAAAAACACAAAAAAAUCAAGUUCAACCAAUACCCAAUUCUCAAGUUUAACAAUUUCCACAACCUCAAGUUCAAAAACACCAAAAACUCAAGUUCAAAAACACCACAAACUCAAGUUCAAACUCGACACAAACUCAAGUUCAACAACAACACAAACUCAAGUUCAACCAAUACCCAAUUCUCAAGAUUAAUAAAUUCCACACCCUCAAGUUCAAAAACACCAAGAACUCAAGUUCAACAAACGCCACAAACUCAAGUUCAAACACGACACAAAUUCAAUUUCAAAAACAACAGAAACUCAAGUUCAAAAACCCCACAAACUCAAGUUCAAACAUAACACAAAAUCAUGUUAAACAAACACAAAAACUCAAGUUAAAACACGACACAAACUCAAGUUCAAAAACACCACAAACUCAAGUUCAAGCUCGACACAAACUCAAGUUCAACAACAACACAAACUCAAGUUCAACCAAUACCCAAUUCUCAAGAUUAAUAAAUUCCACACCCUCAAGUUCAAAAACACCAAGAACUCAAGUUCAACAAACGCCACAAAAUCAAGUUCAAACACGACACAAAUUCAAGUUCAAAAACAACAGAAACUCAAGUUCAAAAACCCCACAAACUCAAGUUCAAACAUAACACAAAAUCAUGUUAAACAAACACACAAACUCAAGUUCAGACACGACACAAACUCAAGUUCAACAAACGCCACAAACUCAAGUUGAAACAUGACACAAACUCAAGUUCAACAAACACACAAACUCAAAUUCAACCAAUACCCAAUUCUCAAGUUUAACAAAUUCCACACCCUCAAGUUCAAAAACACCAAAAACUCAAGUUCAAAAACACCACAAACUCAAGUUCAAACUCGACACAAACUCAAGUUCAACAACAACACAAACUCAAGUUCAACCAAUACCCAAUUCUCAAGUUUAACAAAUUCCACAACCUCAAGUUCAAAAACACCAAAAACUCAAGUUCAAAAACACCACAAACUCAAGUUCAAACUCGACACAAACUCAAGUUCAACAACAACACAAACUCAAGUUCAACAAACGCCAUAAAACUCAAGUUCAAACACGACACAAAUUCAAGUUCAAAAACAUCACAAACUCAAGUUCAAACACAAACUCAAGUUCAACAAACACACAAAAUCAAGUUAAAAAACACCACAAAACUCAAGUUCAAACAUGACACAAACUCAAGUUCAACAAACACACAAACUCAAGUUAAACCAACACCUGAUUCAAAGGUUUAACAAUUUCCAAUACCUCAAGUUCAAAAACAACAGAAACUCAAGUUCAAAAACACCACAAACUCAAGUUCAAACACGACACAAACUCAAGUUCAACAACAACACAAACUCAAGUUCAACCAAUACCCAAUUCUCAAGAUUAAUAAUUUCCACAACCUCAAGUUCAAAAACACCAAAAACUCAAGUUCAAAAACACCACAAACUCAAGUUCAAACUCGACACAAACUCAAGUUCAACAACAACACAAACUCAAGUUCAACCAAUACCCAAUUCUCAAGAUUAAUAAAUUCCACACCCUCAAGUUCAAAAACACCAAGAACUCAAGUUCAACAAACGCCACAAACUCAAGUUCAAACACGACACAAAUUCAAGUUCAAAAACAACAGAAACUCAAGUUCAAAAACCCCACAAACUCAAGUUCAAACAUAACACAAAAUCAUGUUAAACAAACACACAAACUCAAGUUUAAACACGACACAAACUCAAGUUCAAAAACACCACAAACUCAAGUUCAAAAACACCACAAACUCAAGUUCAAAAACACCACAAACUCAAGUUCAGACACGACACAAACUCAAGUUCAACAAACGCCACAAACUCAAGUUCAAACACGACACAAAUUCAAGUUCAAAAACAACAGAAACUCAAGUUCAACAAACGCCACAAACUCAAGUUCAAACACGAAACAAACUCAAGUUCAAAAACACCACAAACUCAAGUUCAGACACGACACAAACUCAAGUUCAACAAACGCCACAAACUCAAGUUCAAACACGAAACAAACUCAAGUUCAACCAAAACCCAAUUCUCAAGUUUAACAAAUUCCACACCCUCAAGUUAAAAAAAACCACAACUUCAAGUUAAAAAAACAACAGAUACUCAAGUUAAAAAAACACACAAACUCAAGGUCACCAAACACACCCUCAAGUUCAAAAACACCAAGAACUCAAGUUCAACAAACGCCACAAACUCAAGUUCAAACAAGAAACAAACUCAAGUUAAAUAAAACCACAAACUCAAGUUCAAAAACACAAACUCAAGUUCAACAAACACCACAAACUAAAUUUCCAACAUGAUACAAACUCAAGUUCAAAAAAAGCAGAAAACUCAAGUUCAAAAACACCACAAACUCAAGAUCAGACACGACACAAACUCAAGUUCAACAAACGCCACAAACUCAAGUUCAAACACGACACAAAUUCAAGUUCAAAAACAACAGAAACUCAAGUUCAACCAAUACCCAAUUCUCAAGUUUAACAAUUUCCACAACCUCAAGUUCAAAAACAUCACAAACUCAAGUUCAACAAACAUCACAAACUCAAGUUCAACCAAUACCCAAUUCUAAAGUUUAACAAAUUCCACACCCUCAAGUUAAAAAAAACCACAAACUCAAGUUCAAAAACCCCACAUUUACUCAAGUUCAAACACAACACAAACUCAAUUUCAACAAACGCCACAAACUCAAGUUCAAACAAGAAACAAACUCAAGUUCAAUAAAACCACAAACUCAAGUUCAAAAACACAAACUCAAGUUCAACAAACACCACAAACUAAAUUUCCAACAUGAUACAAACUCAAGUUCAAAAAAAGCAGAAAACUCAAGUUCAAAAACACCACAAACUCAAGAUCAGACACGACACAAACUCAAGUUCAACAAACGCCACAAACUCAAGUUCAAACACGACACAAAUUCAAGUUCAAAAACAACAGAAACUCAAGUUCAACAAACGCCACAAACUGAAGUUCAAACACAACACAAACUCAAGUUAAACAAACACACAAACUCAAGUUAAAACACGACAAAAACUCAAGUUCAAAAACACCACAAACUCAAGUUCAAACACAAAUUCAAGGUCACCAAACACGCACCUCAAGUUCAAAAACACCACAAAUUCAAGUUCAGACACGACACAAACUCAAGUUCAACAAACGCCACAAACUCAAGUUCAAACACGACACAAAUUCAAGUUAAAAAACAACAGAAACUAAAGUUCAACAAACGCCACAAACUCAAGUUCAAAAACACCACAAACUCAAGUUCAGAAACACCACAAACUCAAGUUCAAAAACGCCACAAACUCAAGUUCUAACACGUCACAAACUCAAGUUCAAAAUCACCACAAACUCAAGAUCGAACACAACACAAACUCAAGUUCAACAAACACACAAACUCAAGUUCAAAAACACCACAAACUCAAGUUCAAACACAACACAAACUCAAGUUCAAACACAAAAUCAAGUUGAAAAACACCACAAACUCAAGUUCAAAAACACCACAAACUCAAGUUCAGACACGAUACAAACUCAAGUUCAACAAACGCCACAAACUCAAGUUCAAACACGACACAAAUUCAAGUUCAAAAACAACAGAAACUCAAGUUCAACAAACGCCACAAACUCAAGUUCAAACACGAAACAAACUCAAGUUCAAAAACACCACAAACUCAAGUUCAACCAAAACCCAAUUCUCAAGUUUAACAAAUUCCACACCCUCAAGUUAAAAAAAACCACAACUUCAAGUUCAAAAAACAACAGAUACUCAAGUUCAAAAAACACACAAACUCAAGGUCACCAAACACGCACCUCAAGUUCAAAAACACCACAAACUCAGGUUCAAACACUACACAAACCUAAUUUAAAAAACACAAAAACGCAAGUACAACCAAAACCCAAUUCUCAAGUUUAACAAAUUCCACACCCUCAAGUUCAAAAACACCACAAACUCAAGUUCAACAAAUGCCACAAACUCAAGUUCAAACACUACACAAAUUCAAGUUCAAAAACAACAGAAACUUAAGUUCAACAAACGCCACAAACUCAAGUUCAAAAACACCACAAACUCAAGUUCAGAAACACCACAAACUCAAGUUCAAAAACGCCACAAACUCAAGUCCAAACACGUCACAAACUCAAGUUCAAAAUCACCACAAACUCAAGAUCGAACACAACACAAACUCAAGUUCAACAAACACACAAACUCAAGUUCAAAAACACCACAAACUCAAGUUCAAACACAACACAAACUCAAGUUCAACCAACACACAAACCCAAAUUCAAAAACAUCACAAACUCAAGUUAAAACACGAACCAAACUCACGUUCAAACACGACACAAACUCAAGUUCAACCAAUACCCAAUUCUCAAGAUUAACAAUUUCAACAACCUCAAGUUCAAAAACACCACAAACUCAAGUUCAACAAACACACAAACUCAAAUUCAACCAACACCUGAUUCUCAAGUUUAACAAUUUCCACAACCUCAAGUUCCAAAAAAAAGAAACCUAAUUUCAAAAAACACAAAAACCUCAAGUUAACCAAACACGCAAAUUCAAGUUCAAAAACACCACAAACUCAAGUUCAAACACGAAACAAACUCAAGUUCAAACACGAAACAAACUCAAGUUCAAAAAACACACAAACUCAAGUUCAAAAAACACACAAACUCAAGUUCAAACACGACACAAACUCAAGUUCAACAAAAACCACAAACUCAAGUUCAAACACGACACAAAAUCAAGCUCAAAAAACGCCACAAACUAAAGUUCAAACACGACACAAACUCAAGUUCAACAAACACACUAACUCAAGUUCAAAAACACCACAAUCUCAAGUUCAAACAGGAAACAAACUCAAGUUCAACGAACACAAAAACUCAAGUUCAAAAACACCAAACUCAUGGUCAAACACGCUACAAACUCAAGUUCAAACACCACACAAACUCAAGUUCAACAAACACCACAAACUCAAGUUCAACAAACGCAACAAACUCAAGUUCAAACAUGAAACCACCUCAAGUUAAAAAACACCACAAACUCAAGUUCAAACACGACACGAACUCAAGUUCAAACACGAAACAAACUUAAGUUCAAAAACACCACAAACUCAAGUUCAAACACAACACAAACUCAAGUUCAACCAACACACAAACUCAAAUUCAAAAACAUCACAAACUCAAGUUAAAACACGAACCAAACUCAAGUUCAAUAAAAUCACAAACUAAAGUUCAACCAAUACCCAAUUCUCAAGUUUAAAAAUUUCAACAACCUCAAGUUCAAAAACAUCACAAAUUCAAGUUCAACAAACACACAAACUCAAGUUCAACCAACACCUAAUUCUUAAGUUUAACAAUUUCCACAACCUCAAGUUCAAAAACAACAGAAACCUAAGUUCAACAAACACCUGAGUCUCAAGUUUAACAAUUUCCACAACCUAAAGUUCAAAAACAACAGAAACCUAAGUUCAAAAAACACAUAAACCCAAGUUAACCAAACAUGCAAAUUCAAGUUCAAAAACACCACAAACUCAAGUUCAAACAUGACACAAACUCAAAUUCAACAAACGCCACAAACUCAAGUUCAAACACGAAACAAACUCAAGUUCAAAAACCACACAAACUCAAGUUCAAAAAACACUCAAACUCAAGUUCAAACACGACACAAACUCAAGUUCAACAAAAACCACAAACUCAAGUUCAAACACGACACAAAAUCAAGCUCAACAAACGCCACAAACUAAAGUUCAAACACAAGACAAACUCAAGUUCAACAAACACACUAACUCAAGUUCAAAAACACCACAAUCUCAAGUUCAAACACGAAACAAACUCAAGUUCAACAAACACAAAAACUCAAGGUCAAAAACACCACAAACUCAAGUUCAAACACGACAAAAAAACUCAAGUUCAACAAACACACUAACUCAAGUUCAACCAACACCUGAUUCUCAAGUUUAACAAUUUCCAAAACCUCAAGUUCAAAAAACACACAAACUCAAGUUCAAACACGACACAAACUCAAGUUCAACAAAAACCACAAACUCAAGUUCAACAAACACCACAAACUCAAGUUCAACAAACGCAACAAACUCAGGUUCAAACAUGAAACCACCUCAAGUUAAAAACACCACAAACUCACGUUCAAACACGACACAAACUCAAGUUCAACAAACACCACAAACUCAAGUUCAACCAAUUCCCAAAUCUCAAGUUUAAAAAUUGCCACAACCUUAAGUUCAAAAACACCACAAACUCAAGUUCAAACACGACACGAACUGAAGUUCAAACACGAAACAAACUUAAGUUCAAAAACACCACAAACUCAAGUUCAAACACAACACAAACUCAAGUUCAACCAACACACAAACUCAAGUUCAACCAACACACAAACUCAAGUUAAAACACGAACCAAACUCAAGUUCAAUCAAAUCACAAACUAAAGUUCAACCAAUACCCAAUUCUCAAGUUUAACAAUUUCAACAACCUCAAGUUCAAAAACAUCACAAAUUCAAGUUCAACAAACACACAAACUCAAGUUCAACCAACACCUGAUUCUCAAGUUUAACAAUUUCCACAACCUCAAGUUCAAACACAACACAAACUCAAGUUCAAUAAACACACAAACUCAAGUUCAAAAACGACACAAUCUCAAGUUAAAACACGAUACAAACUGAAGUUCAAAAAACGCACAAUCUCAAGUUCAACCAACACCUGAUUCUCAAGUUUAACAAUUUCCACAUCCUCAAGUUCAAAAACACCACAAACUCAAGUUCAAACAUGACAAAAACUCAAAUUCAACAAACGCCACAAACUCAAGUUCAAACACGAAACAAACUCAAGUUCAAAAACCACACAAACUCAAGUUCAAAAAACAAACAAACUCAAGUUCAAACACGACAAAAAACUCAAGUUCAACAAACAGACUAACUCAAGUUCAACCAACACCUGAUUCUCAAGUUUAACAAUUUCCACAACCUCAAGUUCAAAAGCAACAGAAACUCAAGUUCAAAUAAACACACAAACUCAAGUUCAAACACAACACAAACUCAAGUUCAACAAACACACAAACUCAAGUUCAAAAACGACACAAUCUCAAGUUCAAAAACAACAGAAACUCAAGUUCACAAAACACAAAAACUCAAGUUCAACAAACACCCAAAUUCAAGUUCAAAAAACACACAAACUCAAGUUAAAAAAAACAAACUCAAGUUCAAACACGACAAAAACUCAAGUUGACUCAAAACUUGAUUCUCAAGUAUAACAAUUUCAACAACCUCAAGUUCAAAAACACCACAAACUCAAGUUCAACAAACACACAAACUCAAAUUCAACCAACACCUGAUUCUCAAGUUUAACAAUUUCCACAACCUCAAGUUCCAAAAAAAAGAAACCUAAUUUCAAAAAACACAAAAACUCAAGUUAACCAAACACGCAAAUUCAAGUUCAAAAACACCACAAACUCAAGUUCAAACACGAAACAAACUCAAGUUCAAACAUGAAACAAACUCAAGUUCAAAAAACACACAAACUCAAGUUCAAAAAACACACAAACUCAAGUUCAAACACGACACAAACUCAAGUUCAACAAAAACCACAAACUCAAGUUCAAACACGACACAAAAUCAAGCUCAAAAAACGCCACAAACUAAAGUUCAAACACGACACAAACUCAAGUUCAAUAAAAACACACUAACUCAAGUUCAAAAACACCACAAUCUCAAGUUCAAACAGGAAACAAACUCAAGUUCAACGAACACAAAAACUCAAGUUCAAAAACACCAAACUCAUGGUCAAACACGCUACAAACUCAAGUUCAAACACCACACAAACUCAAGUUCAACAAACACCACAAACUCAAGUUCAACAAACGCAACAAACUCAAGUUCAAACAUGAAACCACCUCAAGUUAAAAAACACCACAAACUCAAGUUCAAACACGACACGAACUCAAGUUCAAACACGAAACAAACUUAAGUUCAAAAACACCACAAACUCAAGUUCAAACACAACACAAACUCAAGUUCAACCAACACACAAACUCAAAUUCAAAAACAUCACAAACUCAAGUUAAAACACGAACCAAACUCAAGUUCAAUAAAAUCACAAACUAAAGUUCAACAAAUACCCAAUUCUCAAGUUUAAAAAUUUCAACAACCUCAAGUUCAAAAACAUCACAAAUUCAAGUUCAACAAACACACAAACUCAAGUUCAACCAACACCUAAUUCUUAAGUUUAACAAUUUCCACAACCUCAAGUUCAAAAACAACAGAAACCUAAGUUCAACAAACACCUGAGUCUCAAGUUUAACAAUUUCCACAACCUAAAGUUCAAAAACAACAGAAACCUAAGUUCAAAAAACACAUAAACCCAAGUUAACCAAACAUGCAAAUUCAAGUUCAAAAACACCACAAACUCAAGUUCAAACAUGACACAAACUCAAAUUCAACAAACGCCACAAACUCAAGUUCAAACACGAAACAAACUCAAGUUCAAAAACCACACAAACUCAAGUUCAAAAAACACUCAAACUCAAUUCAAACACGACACAAACUCAAGUUCAACAAAAACCACAAACUCAAGUUCAAACACGACACAAAAUCAAGCUCAACAAACGCCACAAACUAAAGUUCAAACACAAGACAAACUCAAGUUCAACAAACACACUAACUCAAGUUCAAAAACACCACAAUCUCAAGUUCAAACACGAAACAAACUCAAGUUCAACAAACACAAAAACUCAAGGUCAAAAACACCACAAACUCAAGUUCAAACACGACAAAAAAACUCAAGUUCAACAAACACACUAACUCAAGUUCAACCAACACCUGAUUCUCAAGUUUAACAAUUUCCAAAACCUCAAGUUCAAAAAACACACAAACUCAAGUUCAAACACGACACAAACUCAAGUUCAACAAAAACCACAAACUCAAGUUCAACAAACACCAAAAACUCAAGUUCAACAAACGCAACAAACUCAGGUUCAAACAUGAAACCACCUCAAGUUAAAAACACCACAAACUCACGUUCAAACACGACACAAACUCAAGUUCAACAAACACAAUAACUCAAGUUCAACCAAUUUCCAAAUCUCAAGUUUAAAAAUUGCCACAACCUUAAGUUCAAAAACACCACAAACUCAAGUUCAAACACGACACGAACUCAAGUUCAAACACGAAACAAACUUAAGUUCAAAAACACCACAAACUCAAGUUCAAACACAACACAAACUCAAGUUCAACCAACACACAAACUCAAGUUCAACCAACACACAAACUCAAGUUAAAACACGAACCAAACUCAAGUUCAAUCAAAUCACAAACUAAAGUUCAACCAAUACCCAAUUCUCAAGUUUAACAAUUUCAACAACCUCAAGUUCAAAAACAUCACAAAUUCAAGUUCAACAAACACACAAACUCAAGUUCAACCAACACCUGAUUCUCAAGUUUAACAAUUUCCACAACCUCAAGUUCAAACACAACACAAACUCAAGUUCAAUAAACACACAAACUCAAGUUCAACAAACACACAAACUCAAGUUAAAACACGAUACAAACUGAAGUUCAAAAAACGCACAAUCUCAAGUUCAACCAACACCUGAUUCUCAAGUUUAACAAUUUCCACAUCCUCAAGUUCAAAAACACCACAAACUCAAGUUCAAACAUGACAAAAACUCAAAUUCAACAAACGCCACAAACUCAAGUUCAAACACGAAACAAACUCAAGUUCAAAAACCACACAAACUCAAGUUCAAAAAACAAACAAACUCAAGUUCAAACACGACAAAAAACUCAAGUUCAACAAACAGACUAACUCAAGUUCAACCAACACCUGAUUCUCAAGUUUAACAAUUUCCACAACCUCAAGUUCAAAAGCAACAGAAACUCAAGUUCAAAUAAACACACAAACUCAAGUUCAAACACAACACAAACUCAAGUUCAACAAACACACAAACUCAAGUUCAAAAACGACACAAUCUCAAGUUCAAAAACAACAGAAACUCAAGUUCACAAAACACAAAAACUCAAGUUCAACAAACACCCAAAUUCAAGUUCAAAAAACACACAAACUCAAGUUAAAAAAAACAAACUCAAGUUCAAACACGACAAAAACUCAAGUUGACUCAAAACUUGAUUCUCAAGUAUAACAAUUUCCACAAUCUCAAGUUCAAAAAACAAAAAAACUCAAGUUCACCAAACAUGCCAAAUCAAGUUCAAAAUCACCACAAACUCAAGAUCAAACAUGACACAAACUCAAGUUCAAAAACAAAGACUCAAGUUCAACCAACACCUGAUUCUCAAGUUUGACCAUUUCCACAACCUCAAGUUCAAGAACAACAGAAACUCAAGAUCAAAAAACACACAAACUCAAGUUCACUAAACACGCAACUUAAAUUCAAACACAACAGAAACUCAGGUUCAACAAACACAAAAACUCAAGGUCAAAAACACCACAAACUCAAGUUCAAACACGACAAAAAACUCAAGUUCAACAAACAGACUAACUCAAGUUCAAACACCUGAUUCUCAAGUUUAACAAUUUCCACAACCUCAAGUUCAAAAACAACAGAAACUCAAGUUCAAAAAACACACAAACUCAAGUUCACCAAACAUGCAACUCAAGUUCAAACACAACACAAACUCAAGUUCAAACACAACACAAACUCAAGUUCAAACACAACACAAACUCAAGUUCAAAAAAAUUCAAACUCAAGUUCAAAAACGACACAAACUGAAGUUCAAAGACGACACAAACUCAAGUUCAACAAACACACAAACUUAAGUUCACCCAAAACUUGAUUCUCAAGUUUAACAAUUUCCACAAUCUCAAGUUCAAAAAACACACAAACUCAAGUUCACCAAACAUGCAAACUCAAGUUCAAAAACACCACAAACUCAAGAUCAAAUAUGACACAAACUCAAGUUCAAAAACAACACAGACUCAAGUUCAAACACGAAACAAACUCAAGUUCAAAAACACCACAAACUCAAGUUCAACCAACACCUGAUUCUCAAGUUUAAAAAUUUUCACAAACUCAAGUUCUACAAACAACACGAACUCAAGUUCAAAAAACACACAAACUCAAGUUCAACCAACAUCCAAAUCUCAAGCUUGAAAAUUGCAACAACCUAAAGUUCAACAAACACAUAAACUUAAGUUCAAACACACCACAAACUCAUGGUCAAACACACUACAAACUCAAGUUCAAACACGACACAAACUCAAGUUCAACUAACACCACAAACUCAAGUUCAACAAACGCCACAAACUCAAGUUCAAACACGAAACAAACUCAAGUUCAAAAACACCACAAAUUCACGUUCAAACACAACACAAAUUAAAGUUAAAAAAACACACAGACUCAAGUUCAAAAACACUAAAAACUCAAGUUCAAACACUACACGAACUUAAGUUCAACAAACACACUAACUCAAGUUCAACCAAUACCCAAAUCUCAAGUUUAAAAUAUUUCAAAACCUCAAAUUCAAAAAACAGACAAACUCAAGUUCAACAAACACCACAAACUCAAGUUCAACAAAUGCCACAAACUCAAGUUCAAACACGAAACGAACACAAGUUCAAAAACACCACAAAUUCACGUUCAAACACAACACAAAUUAAAGUUCAAAAAACACACAGACUCAAGUUCAAAAACACUAAAAACUCAAGUUCAAACACUACACGAACUUAAGUUCAACAAACACACUAACUCAAGUUCAACCACCACCCAAAUCUCAAAUUUCGCAAUUGCCACAACCUCAAGUUCAAAAAACACACAAACUCAAGUUCAAACACACGACAAACUCAAGUUUAAACACGACACAAACUUAAGUUCAAAAACAAAAAAAACUCAAGUUCAACAAAUACUCAAUUCUCAAGUUAAAUAAUUUCCACAACCUCAAGUUCAAAAAUAUCAUAAACUCAAGUUCAAAAACACCACAAACUCAAGCUCAAACACAACACAAACUCAAGUUCAAACACAACACAAACUCAAGUUCAACAAACACACAAACUCAAGUUCAAAAACACCACAAACUCAAGUUCAAACACGACACGAACUCAAGUUCAACAAACACUAUAACUCAAGUUCAACCAAUUCCCAAAUCUCAAGUUUAAAAAUUGCAACAACCUUAAGUUCAAAAAACACACAAACUCAAUUUCAAACACACCACAAACUCAAGUUCAAAAACACCACAAACUCAAGUUCAAAAAUGACGCGAAUUCAAGUUCAAACACGAAACAAACUUAAGUUCAACCAACACACAAACUCAAAUUCAAAAACAACACAAACUCAAGUUAAAACACGACACAAACUAAAGUUCAACCACCACCCAAAUCUCAAGUUUCACAAUUGCCACAACCUCAAGUUCAAAAAACACACAAACUCUAGUUCAAACACACGACAAACUCAAUUCAAAAACAACACAAACUCAAGUUCAAAAACACAAAAAACUCAAGUUCAACAAAUACUCAAUUCUCAAGUUAAACAAUUUCCACAACCUCAAGUUAAAAAAUAUCAUAAACUCAAGUUCAAAAACACCACAAACUCAAGCUCAAACACAACACAAACUGAAGUUCAAACACAACACAAACUCAAGUUCAACAAACACAAUAACUCAAGUUCAACCAAUUCCCAAAUCUCAAGUUUAAAAAUUGCAACAACCUUAAGUUCAAAAAACACACAAACUCAAGUUCAAACACACCACAAACUCAAGUUCAAAAACACCACAAACUCCAGUUCAAACACAACACAAACUCAAGUUCAACCAACACACAAACUCAAAUUCAAAAACAUCACAAACUAAAGUUAAGAUACGAAACAAACUCAAGUUCAAAAACAACACAAACUCAAGCUCAACCAAGACCCAAUUCUCAAGUUUAACAAAUUCCACACCCUCAAGUUCAAACAUGACACAAACUCAAGUUUAAAAUCACCACAAACUCAGGUUCAAACACGACACAAACUCAAGUUCAAGAAACACACAAACUCAAGUUCAACCAACACCUCAUUCUAAGGUUUAACAAUUUCCACAACCUUAAGUUCAAAAACAACAGAAACUCAAGUUAAAAAAUACACAAACUCAAGUUCACCAAGUACCCAAAAUCAAGUUCAAAAACACCAAAAACUCAAUUCAAAAACAACAUAAACUCAAGUUCAAAAACACAAAAAACUAAAGUUCAACCAAUACCCAAUUCUUAAGUUAAACAAUUUCCACAACGUCAAGUUCAAAAACACCACAAACUCAAGUUCAAACACAACACAAACUCAAGUUCAAACACAACACAAACUCAAGUUCAACAAACACAUAAACUCAAGUUCAAAAUCACCACAAACUCAAGUUCAAACACGACACGAACUCAAGUUCAACAAACACAAAAACUUCAACCAAUUCCCAAAUCUCAAGUUUAAAAAUUGCCACAACCUUAAGUUCAAAAAACACAAACUCAAGUUCAAACACACCACAAACUCAAGUUCAAAAACACGACAUGAACUCAAGUUCAAACACGACACAAACUCAAGUUCAAACACGACACGAACUCAAGUUCAAACACGAAAAAAAAUCAAGUUCAAAAACAACACAAACUCAAGUUCAAACACGACAAAAACUCAAGUUCACCCAAAACUUGAUUCUCAAGUUUAAAAACACCACAAACUCAAGAUCAAACACGACACAAACUCAAGUUCAAAAACAACACAGACUCAAGUUCAAAAACACCACAAACUCAAGUUCAAACACGACACAAACUCAGGUCUACCAAAAACCACAAACUCAAGUUCAACCAACACCUGAUUCUCAAGUUUAAAAAUUUUCACAAACUCAAGUUCAACAAAUGCCACAAACUCAAGUUCAAACACGAAACAAACUCAAGUUCAAAAACACCACAAACUCAAGUUCAAACACGACACAAACUCGGGUCUACCAAAAACCACAAACUUAAGUUCAUCCAACACCUGAUUUUCAAGUUUAAAAAAUUUUCACAAACUCAAGUUCAACAAAUGCCAAAGACUCAAGUUCAAACACUAAACAAACUCAAGUUCAAAAACACCACAAACUCAAGUUCAAACACGACACAAACUCGGGUCUACCAAAAACCGCAAACUCAAGUUCAACCAACACCUGAUUCUCAAGCUUGAAAAUUGCCACAACCUCAAGUUCAACAAACACAAAAACUUAAGUUGAAACACAACACAAACUCAUGGUCAAACACACUACAAACUCAAGUUCAAACAUGACACAAACUCAAGUUCAACAAACACCACAAACUCAAGUUCAACAAACGCCACAAACUCAAGUUCAAACACGACACGAACUCAAGUUCAACAAACACACUAACUCAAGUUCAACCAAUACCCAAAUCUCAAGUUUAAAAAAUGUCAAAACCUCAAGUUAAAAAAACAGACAAACUCAAGUUAAACAAACAACACUAACUAAAGUUCAAACACGACACAAACUAAAGUUCAACGACCACCCAAAUCUCAAGUUAAACAAUUUCCACAACCUCAAGUUCAAAAAUAUCAUAAACUCAAGUUCAAAAACACCACAAACUCAAGCUCAAAAACAACACAAACUCAAGUUCAAACACAACACAAACUCAAGUUCAACAAACACACAAACUCAAGUUCAAAAACACCACAAACUCAAGCUCAAAAACAACACAAACUCAAGUUCAAACAUGACACGAACUCAAGUUCAAACACGAAACAAACUUAAGUUCAAAAACACCACAAACUCAAGUUAUAACACGACACAAACUCAAGUUCAACCAACACACAAACUCAAAUUCAAAAACAUCACAAACUCAAGUUAUAACACGACACAAACUCAAGUUCAACCAAUACCCAAUUCUCAAGUUUAACAAUUUCAACAACCUCAAGUUCAAAAACACCACAAACUCAAGUUCAAACACGACACGAACUCAAGUUCAAACACAAAACAAACUUAAGUUAAAAAACACCACAAACUCAAGUUCAAAAUCACCACAAACUCAAGUUCAAACACGACACAAACUCAAGUUCAAGAAACACACAAACUCAAGUUCAACCAACACCUGAUUCUAAGGUUUAACAAUUUCCACAACUUCAAGUUAAAAAAAAACAGAAACUCAAGUUCAAAAAACACACAAACUCAAGUUCACCAAAUACCCAAUUUCAAGUUCAAAAACACCACAAACUCAAUUCAAAAACAACACAAACUCAAGUUAAAACACGACACAAACUCAAGUUCAACCAAUACCCAAUUCUCAAGUUUAACAAUUUCAACAACCUCAAGUUCAAAAACACCACAAACUCAAGUUCAAACACGACACGAACUCAAGUUCAAACACAAAACAAACUCAAGUUCAAGAAACACACAAACUCAAGUUCAACCAACACCUGAUUCUAAGGUUUAACAAUUUCCACAACUUCAAGUUAAAAAAAAACAGAAACUCAAGUUCAAAAAACACACAAACUCAAGUUUACCAAAUACCCAAUUUCAAGUUCAAAAACACCACAAACUCAAUUCAAAAACAACACAAACUCAAGUUCAAAAACACAAAAAACUCAAGUUCAACCAAUAACCAAUUCUCAAGUUUAGCAAUUUCCACAACCUCAAGUUAAAAAAACCAGAAACUCAAGUUCAAAAACACCAAAAACUAAAGUACAAACACAACACAAAUUCAAGUUCAACAAAUGCCACAAACUCAAGUUCAAAAACGAAACAAAGUCAAGUUCAAAAACACCACAAACUCAAGUUAAAAAAAAACACAAACUCAAGUUCAACAAACACACAAACUCAAGUUCAAAAACACACAAACACAAGUUCAAAAACACCAAAAACUCAAGUUCAAAGACAAUACAAACUCAAGUUCACCAAACAAGCAACUCAAGUUCAACCAAAACCUGAUUCUCAAGUUUAACCUUUUCCACAACCUCAAGUUCAAAAACAACAGAAACUCAAGUUCAAUAAUCACACAAUCUCAAGUUCACCAAACACGACACAAACUCAAGUUCAAACACAACACAAACUCCAGUUCAAACACAACCCAAACACAAGUUCAACAAACACACAAACUCAAGUUCAAAAACGACACAAACUCCAGUUCAAACACGGCACAAACUCACGUUCAACAAACACGCAACUCAAGUUCAACCAACACCUGAUUCUCAAGUUUAACCAUUUCCACAACCUCAAGUUCAAAAACAACAGAAACUCAAGUUCAAAUACACCACAAACUCAAGUUCACCAAACACGCAACUCUAGUUUAAACACAACAGAAACUCAAGUUCAACAAACACUAAAACUCAAGUUCAAAAACACCACAAACUCAAGUUCAAACAAGACAAAAAACUCAAGUUCAACAAACAGACUAACUCAAGUUCAACCAACACCUGAUUCUCGAGUUUAACAAUUUCCACAACCUCAAGUUCAAAAACAAACAGAAACUCAAGUUCAAAAAACACACAAAGUCAAGUUAACCAAACACGCAACUCAAGUUCAAACACAACACAAACUCAGGUCUACCAAAAACCACAAACUCAAGUUCAACCAACACCUAAUUCUAAGGUUUAACAAUUUCCACAACCUCAAGUUCAAAAACAACAGAAACUCAAGUUCAAAAAACACAUCAACUCAAGUUCACCAAAUACCCAAAUUCAAGUUCACAAACACCAAAAACUCAAUUCAAAAACACAACAAACUAAAGUUCAAAAACACAAAAAACUCAAGUUCAACCAAUACCCAAUUCUCAAGUUUAGCAAUGUCCACAACCUCAAGUUAAAAAAAACCACAAACUCAAGUUCAAAAAAAACAAAAACUCAAGUACAAACACAACACAAAGUCAAGUUCAACAAACGCCAGGAACUCAAGUUCAAACACGAAACAAAGUCAAGUUCAAAAACACCACAAACUCAAGAUCAAACACGACACAAACUCAAAUUCAAAAACAACAAUGACUCAAGUUCAACCAACACCCAAUUCGCAAGUUUAACAAUUUCCAAAACGUCAAGUUCAAAAACAAUACAGACUCAAGUUCAAAAACACCACAAACUCAAGUUCAAACACGACACAAAACUCAGGUCAACCAAAAACCACAAACUCAAGUUCAACCAACACCUGAUUCUCAAGUUUAAAAAUUUUCACAAACUCAAGUUCAACAAAUGCCAAAAACUCAAGUUCAAACACGAAACAAACUCAAGUUCAAAAACACCACAAACUCAAGUUCAAACACGACACAAACUCAGGUCUACCAAAAACCACAAACUCAAGUUCAACCACCACCCAAAUCUCAAGUUUAACAAUUGCCACAACCUCAAGUUCAAAAAACACACAAACUCAAGUUCAAACACAGGACAAACUCAAGUUUAAACACGACACAAACUCAAGUUCAAAAACAAAAAAAACUCAAGUUCAAAAAAAUACUCAAUUCUGAAGUUAAACAAUUUCCACAACCUCAAGUUCAAACAUAUCAUAAAAGUUCAAAAACACCACAAACUCAAGCUCAAACACAACACAAACUCAAGUUCAAACACAACACAAACUCAAGUUCAAAACACACAAACUCAAGUUCAAAAACACCACAAACUCAAGUUCAAACACGACACGAACUCAAGUUCAACAAACACAAUAACUCAAGUUUAACCAAUUCCCAAAUCUCAAGUUUAAAAAUUGCAACAACCUCAAGUUCAACAAAACACACAAACUCAAGUUCAAACACACCACAAACUCAAGUUCAAAAACACCACAAACUCAAGUUCAAACAUGACACAAACUCAAGUUCAAACACGAAACAAGCUCAAGUUCAACAAACACACAAACUCAAGUUCAACCAACACCCAAAUCUCAAGUUUAACAAUUUCCACAACCUCCAGUUCAAAUACAACACAGAUUCAAGUUCAAAAACACUACAACUCAAGUUGUACACAAACUCAAGUUCAACAAAAACCACAAACUCAAAUUCAACCAACACCUGAUUCUCAAGUUUAAAAAUUUUCACAACCUCAAGUUCAAAAAACACACAAACUCAAGUUCAACAAACAACAAGAACUCAAUAUCAAACACCACACAAACUCAAGUUCAACCAACACCCAAAUUUCAAGUUUAACAAUUGCCACAACCUCAAGUUCAAAAAACACACAAACGCAAGUUCAAACACACCACAAACUCAUUUCAAAAAACACACAAACUCAAGUUCAACAAACAACACAAACUCAAGUUCAAACACAACACAAACUCAAGUUGAACCAACACUCAAAUCUAAAGUUUAACAAUUUCCACAACCUCAAGUUCAAAAACAACAGAAACUCAAGUUAAACACGAGACAAACUCAAGUUCAACAAACACACAUACUCAAGUUCAAACACGACACAAACUCAAGUUCAACAAACACACAAACUCAAGUUUAACAAUUCCCACAACCUCAAGUUCAAAAAAUUACACACCCUCAAGUUCAAAAACACCACAAACUCAAGUUCAAACACGCCACAAACUCAAGUUUAAAUAUGAAAAAAAACUCAAGUUCAAAAAUACCACAAAUUCAAGUUCAAACACAACACAAACUCAAGUUCAACAAACAUACAAACUCAAGUUCAAAAAACACACAAACUCAAGUACAACCAACACACAAACUCAAGUUCAAAAAACACACAAACUCAAGUACAACCAACACACAAAUCUCAAGUUUUACAAUUGCCACAACCUCAAGUUCAACAAACACACAAACUCAAGUUCAAAUACACCACAAACUCAAGUUCAAACACGACACAAACUCAAGUUCAACCAACACCUGAUUCUCAAGUUUAUACAUUUUCACAACCUCAAUUUCAAAAAACACACAAACUCAAGUUCAACAAACAACACGAACUCAAGUUCAAACACGACACAAACUCAAGUUGAACCAACACUCAAAUCUCAAGUUUAACAAAUGCCACAACCUAAAGUUCAUCAAACAAAUCAACUCAAGUUCAAACACACAACAAACUCAAGUUCAAACAUGACACAAACUCAAGUUCAAAAACUCAAGUACAGCCAAUACCCAAUUCUCAAGUUUGACAAUUUCCACAACCUCAAGUUCAAAAGCAACACAGACUUAAGUUCAAAAACACCACAAACUCAAGUUCAAACACGACACAUGCUCAAGUUCAACAAACCCCACAAACUCAAGUUCAACAACUGCCACCAAGUAAAGUUCACUAAAAACCAUAAACUCAAGUUCAACAAUUGACAGAAAACUAAAGUUCAAAAAACACACAAACUCUAGUUCAAAAUUACCACAAACUCAAGUUCAAACAUGACAAAGUCAAGUUCAACCAACACUCAAAUCUCAAAUUAAACAAUAUCCAAAACCGCAAGUUCAAAAACAACAGAAACUCAAGUUCAAACACGACACAAACUCAAGUUCAACAAACACACAAUCCUCAAGUUCAACAAUUGCCACAACCUAAAGUUCAGAAACACCCCCAACUCAAGUUCAAACAAGACACAAACUCAAGUACAAAAACGCUACAAACUAAAGUUCAGUGAAAAAUACAGACUCAAGUUCAACAAUAGCCACAAACUCAAGUUCAACAAAUGACCUAAACUCACAUUUAACAAUUGCCAAAAACUCAAGUUCAACAAACUCAGGUUCAAAAAUUGCCACAAACUCAAGUUCAAAAACACACAAACUCAAGUUCAAAAAUUGCCACAAACUCAAGUUCAACGAACACCACAAACCCAAGAUCAACAAAUUCCAAAGUUUGAAGUUCAACCAACACCCAAAUAUUAAGUUUAACAAUUGCCACAACCUCAAGUUCAACAAACACAAGUUCAAAAAUUGCCACAAACUCAAGUUCAAAAACACCACAAACUCAAGUUCUUAACAACACAAACUCAAGUUCAAAAACACACAAGUUCAAGUUCAAAAACACCCCAAACUGAAGUUCAAACAUGAAACAAAGUCAAGUUCAACCAAAUCCCAAAUCUCAAGUUCAACAAUUUACACAACUUCAAGUUCAAAAACAACAGAAACUCAAGUUCAAAACACGCCACAAACUCAAGUUCAACAAAGACACAAACUCAAGUUCAAAAACACCACAAACUCAAGUUCAACCAACACCCAAAUCUCAAGUUUAACAAUUGCCACAAAACUAAGUUAAAAAACACACAAACUCAAGUUCAAAAACACCACAAACUCAAGUUCAAACAUGACACAAACUCAAGUUCAACCAACACCCAAAUCUCAAGUUCAACAAUUGCCACAACCUCAAGUUCAAAAAUAUCAUAAACUCAAGUUCAAAAACACCACAAACUCAAGCUCAAAAACAACACAAACUCAAGUUCAAACACAACACAAACUCAAGUUCAACAAACACACAAACUCAAGUUCAAAAACACCACAAACUCAAGCUCAAAAACAACACAAACUCAAGUUCAAACAUGACACGAACUCAAGUUCAAACACGAAACAAACUUAAGUUCAAAAACACCACAAACUCAAGUUCAAACACGACACAAACUCAAGUUCAACCAACACACAAACUCAAAUUCAAAAACAUCACAAACUCAAGUUCAAAAACACCACAAACUCAAGUUCAACCAAUACCCAAUUCUCAAGUUUAACAAUUUCAACAACCUCAAGUUCAAAAACACCACAAACUCAAGUUCAAACACGACACGAACUCAAGUUCAAACACAAAACAAACUUAAGUUAAAAAACACCACAAACUCAAGUUCAAAAUCACCACAAACUCAAGUUCAAACAUGACACAAACUCAAGUUCAAGAAACACACAAACUCAAGUUCAACCAACACCUGAUUCUAAGGUUUAACAAUUUCCACAACUUCAAGUUAAAAAAAAACAGAAACUCAAGUUCAAAAAACACACAAACUCAAGUUCACCAAAUACCCAAUUUCAAGUUCAAAAACACCACAAACUCAAUUCAAAAACAACACAAACUCAAGUUAAAACACCACAAACUCAAGUUCAACCAAUACCCAAUUCUCAAGUUUAACAAUUUCAACAACCUCAAGUUCAAAAACACCACAAACUCAAGUUCAAACACGACACGAACUCAAGUUCAAACACAAAACAAACUCAAGUUCAAGAAACACACAAACUCAAGUUCAACCAACACCUGAUUCUAAGGUUUAACAAUUUCCACAACUUCAAGUUAAAAAAAAACAGAAACUCAAGUUCAAAAAACACACAAACUCAAGUUUACCAAAUACCCAAUUUCAAGUUCAAAAACACCACAAACUCAAUUCAAAAACAACACAAACUCAAGUUCAAAAACACAAAAAACUCAAGUUCAACCAAUAACCAAUUCUCAAGUUUAGCAAUUUCCACAACCUCAAGUUAAAAAAAACCAGAAACUCAAGUUCAAAAACACCAAAAACUAAAGUACAAACACAACACAAAUUCAAGUUCAACAAAUGCCACAAACUCAAGUUCAAAAACGAAACAAAGUCAAGUUCAAAAACACCACAAACUCAAGUUAAAAAAAAACACAAACUCAAGUUCAACAAACACACAAACUCAAGUUCAAAAACACACAAACACAAGUUCAAAAACACCAAAAACUCAAGUUCAAAGACAAUACAAACUCAAGUUCACCAAACAAGCAACUCAAGUUCAACCAAAACCUGAUUCUCAAGUUUAACCUUUUCCACAACCUCAAGUUCAAAAACAACAGAAACUCAAGUUCAAUAAUCACACAAUCUCAAGUUCACCAAACACGACACAAACUCAAGUUCAAACACAACACAAACUCCAGUUCAAACACAACCCAAACACAAGUUCAACAAACACACAAACUCAAGUUCAAAAACGACACAAACUCCAGUUCAAACACGGCACAAACUCACGUUCAACAAACACGCAACUCAAGUUCAACCAACACCUGAUUCUCAAGUUUAACCAUUUCCACAACCUCAAGUUCAAAAACAACAGAAACUCAAGUUCAAAUACACCACAAACUCAAGUUCACCAAACACGCAACUCUAGUUUAAACACAACAGAAACUCAAGUUCAACAAACACUAAAACUCAAGUUCAAAAACACCACAAACUCAAGUUCAAACACGACAAAAAACUCAAGUUCAACAAACAGACUAACUCAAGUUCAACCAACACCUGAUUCUCGAGUUUAACAAUUUCCACAACCUCAAGUUCAAAAACAAACAGAAACUCAAGUUAAAAAAACACACAAAGUCAAGUUAACCAAACACGCAACUCAAGUUCAAACACAACACAAACUCAGGUCUACCAAAAACCACAAACUCAAUUUCAACCAACACCUAAUUCUAAGGUUUAACAAUUUCCACAACCUCAAGUUCAAAAACAACAGAAACUCAAGUUCAAAAAACACAUCAACUCAAGUUCACCAAAUACCCAAAUUCAAGUUCACAAACACCAAAAACUCAAUUCAAAAACACAACAAACUAAAGUUCAAAAACACAAAAAACUCAAGUUCAACCAAUACCCAAUUCUCAAGUUUAGCAAUGUCCACAACCUCAAGUUAAAAAAAACCACAAACUCAAGUUCAAAAAAACCAAAAACUCAAGUACAAACACAACACAAAGUCAAGUUCAACAAACGCCAGGAACUCAAGUUCAAACACGAAACAAAGUCAAGUUCAAAAACACCACAAACUCAAGAUCAAACACGACACAAACUCAAAUUCAAAAACAACAAUGACUCAAGUUCAACCAACACCCAAUUCGCAAGUUUAACAAUUUCCAAAACGUCAAGUUCAAAAACAAUACAGACUCAAGUUCAAAAACACCACAAACUCAAGUUCAAACACGACACAAAACUCAGGUCAACCAAAAACCACAAACUCAAGUUCAACCAACACCUGAUUCUCAAGUUUAAAAAUUUUCACAAACUCAAGUUCAACAAAUGCCAAAAACUCAAGUUCAAACACGAAACAAACUCAAGUUCAAAAACACCACAAACUCAAGUUCAAACACGACACAAACUCAGGUCUACCAAAAACCACAAACUCAAGUUCAACCACCACCCAAAUCUCAAGUUUAACAAUUGCCACAACCUCAAGUUCAAAAAACACACAAACUCAAGUUCAAACACAGGACAAACUCAAGUUUAAACACGACACAAACUCAAGUUCAAAAACAAAAAAAACUCAAGUUCAAAAAAAUACUCAAUUCUGAAGUUAAACAAUUUCCACAACCUCAAGUUCAAACAUAUCAUAAAAGUUCAAAAACACCACAAACUCAAGCUCAAACACAACACAAACUCAAGUUCAAACACAACACAAACUCAAGUUCAACCAACACACAAACUCAAGUUCAAAAACACCACAAACUCAAGUUCAAACACGACACGAACUCAAGUUCAACAAACACAAUAACUCAAGUUUAACCAAUUCCCAAAUCUCAAGUUUAAAAAUUGCAACAACCUCAAGUUCAACAAAACACACAAACUCAAGUUCAAACACACCACAAACUCAAGUUCAAAAACACCACAAACUCAAGUUCAAACAUGACACGAACUCAAGUUCAAACACGAAACAAGCUCAAGUUCAACAAACACACAAACUCAAGUUCAACCAACACCCAAAUCUCAAGUUUAACAAUUUCCACAACCUCCAGUUCAAAUACAACACAGAUUCAAGUUCAAAAACACUACAACUCAAGUUGUACACAAACUCAAGUUCAACAAAAACCACAAACUCAAAUUCAACCAACACCUGAUUCUCAAGUUUAAAAAUUUUCACAACCUCAAGUUCAAAAAACACACAAACUCAAGUUCAACAAACAACAAGAACUCAAUAUCAAACACCACACAAACUCAAGUUCAACCAACACCCAAAUUUCAAGUUUAACAAUUGCCACAACCUCAAGUUCAAAAAACACACAAACGCAAGUUCAAACACACCACAAACUCAAGUUCUUAACAACACAAACUCAAGUUCAAAAAACACACAAGUUCAAGUUCAAAAACACCCAAACUGAAGUUCAAACAUGAAACAAAGUCAAGUUCAACCAAAUCCCAAAUCUCAAGUUCAACAAUUUACACAACUUCAAGUUCAAAAACAACAGAAACUCAAAUUAAAACACGCCACAAACUCAAGUUCAACAAAGACACAAACUCAAGUUCAAAAACACCACAAACCCAAGUUCAACCAACACCCAAAUCUCAAGUUUAACAAUUGCCACAAAACUCAAGUUCAAAAAACCACACAAACUCAAGUUCAAAAACACCACAAACUCAAGUUCAAACAUGACACAAACUCAAGUUCAACCAACACCCAAAUCUCAAGUUCAACAAUUGCCACAACCUCAAGUUCAAAAACAACAGAAACUCAAGUUAAAACACGCCACAAACUCAAGUUCAACAAAGACACAAACUCAAGUUCAAAAACACCACAAACCCAAGCUCAACCAACACCCAAAUCUCAAGUUUAACAAUUGCCACAAAACUAAGUUAAAAAACCACACAUACUCAAGUUCAAAAACACCACAAACUCAAGUUCAAACAUGACACAAACUCAAGUUCAACCAACACCCAAAUCUCAAGUUUAACAAUUGCCACAACCUCAAGUUCAAAAACAACAGAAACUGAAGUUCAAACACGAGACAAACUGAAGUUCAACAAACACACAAACUCAAGUUCAAUCAAUACCCAAUUCUCAAGUUUAACAAUUUCCACAACCUCAAGUUCAAACUCAAGUUCAAAAAUUGCAAAAAAAUCAAGUUCAAAUACGACACAAACUCAAGUUCAACCAACACCCAAAUCUCAAGUUUAACAUUUGCCAAUACCUCAAGUUCAAAAACAACACAAACUCAAGUUCAAACACGCCUAAAACUCAAGUUCAACAAACACACAAACUCAAGUUCAAAAACACCACAAAUUCAAGUUCAAACAUGUCACAAACUCAAGUUCAACAAACACAGAAACUCAAGUCAACCAAUACCCAAAUAUGAAGCUUAGCGUUAAGGGGUGUUCAGACCAAACGCGACUUCGGUGACGUCGGCGAUGGCUCCCAAUGCAAAGUCUAUGGACAGCCGCGACCUGACGCGACUUGGCGACCGCUGGCUACCUGCGUCGCGUUGCCGAGGUCGCAGGACGCCAAGUCUCGUCGCUCCCAAAGUUCAAAUAUUUGAACUGGGCUGCGGGAUGUAUAUAUGAGGGAGAAAAGGAGGGAGAUGGAAGGUAGGAGAAGCAGGUCAGCAGCGACCAGCCGUGUCCUGCGACCGCAGCUUUGGACCCGGUGUGAACACACCAGAGCACCACGCGACGCGACCUGGUCGCGGCUGCAAUUACACCUAAUCCGCGGAGCCAAAUCCUUGCAGGUACUGACAUUAGUCUUGCUGUGCUCAGACUACAAUGAUAGACGCAUUGUGGAUUGCGGAGAUGAGCCUGUGAUGCUUAAAUAUCGUGAUGCCCGGCUGUUUAAAUCUCCGACCUUGGCUGAAUUCAUAGCUUUCAGCGUAUUUGUAGAUGUCAUAUGUAAAGUGUUUUCAGCACGCAGAACUGAACUGGACACAUAUCUCGCCAUUAUUUCUGAUUCAGCCAUGACAUAGGGAGGAUCAUUAUUCUAGGAACAUUACAAAUCAUUUUCAGCAAAGCUGCUAAGUACAUUCAAAGAUUCAGCCAAAGACUUGAUCAGUCCGUAGUCGACCUGGCUCUAAUCAGUUAACAAUUCACUGAGCAUCAAGCUUUUUCCUGCUUAAUCUGCGGGUCUUUCUCUCACCUGGAGGUGAAAGUAAGCCAUUACGCAGCAGUACGCCAUUUCGGGAAGACAUAAUCAGCUGUUUAAAGUUUUCACCCCUGUCAUGUAUCUAGGCUUAGUCUGUUGCUGCACAUCAGUCUGCACUCUGCGUUAAAACCGAAGUAAUCCAAUAGGACCAUGCCGCUUGAGAGUGAGUGGUAUUUGCUUACAAAUAAACUCCAAGUGGGAGCACCAGUGUGCACUUUUGAUUGGACGCUGGUUGCCUAGGUGCAGGGGCCCGCCUUCCGCCUUUUGCGGAAGGAGGGAACUUUUAAAGAGUCAGCUGCUUCAAUCUUAAUGCAGAAAUAAGACAAAAUGCAGAGGCAAAUAAUAAUAAUAAUAAUAAUAAUAAUAAUAAUAAUAAUAAUAAUAAUUUUAUGUUUAAGAGAGAGAUACAGCAGAUGAUGAUACUGUGGCAUCGGAGUCAGCAACUCGCUUAACUUGGGUGUGCUCCUCUUGUACAAAGUCUACGGGUACAGUACCUGGAGGAACCUUAUCCUACCUUGUCCACCCCUGCCCACACCUCUAAUCGGUGCCCUAAAACUGUGGCUACAGGCCAACCACCCAAGCCUCUCUAAGCCUACUACUCGGAGAAGCCAAGUUACUCCAGGGACGGGCAUCUGAAAUCAGCAUGCCCAUGACGCACCCACCUGGUAAAACGGGAAAGAACAAAGCUGUCUACUCUGUCAAAUGUCCUUGAGCCGGGGAAGGCACUGGCAAAGCAUCCCAACGGCUGUUCGUGAAGCCAUUCAUUCAGACUGUGUUAGUCUGAGUGCAGCCUUGCAAUCCUUAGUGCUCUCUGUGGACAGCUACUUGGACAGAAGCAAGAUGGCGGCGCACACAGUUGCUGCGGCUCGGUGCUCUCUCAGUCAGUGCGAUAGAUUGUUUUUUUGCUUCGUGUUUUUUGUCUGCUGGGUGUUUUCUGUAAGGCGAACAACAUCUAUAGCCGGUACGAUCUCCUUAAGAUAGGAGUCGGUUGUGAACAGAGUAUAGCUGCAAAGUUUCUCCACACACACAACAUACCGGUCGACAUAGCACGGCACCCCGGCUCCCUGUGGAUUACUAUCCCCGCCGGGAAGCGGCGAAGGCGGCGCAGAGAGAGGAGGCAGAAGCGGGGCUGCAGAGCUGGCCCGCUAGCCAGGCUACGGAGGCAGCCACUUAAACCUCCGCUUCCCAGCCUGUUUCUCGCCAAUGCUCGGUCCCUCGCCAAUAAAAUGGAUGAACUGAGGCUACAGGUUGCAACCAACAAUGCCGUGAAGGAUAGCUGCAUUCUACUCUUCACGGAGACCUGGCUUCAUCCACUUAUCCCGGACUCGGCGGCGGAGCUAACAGGCUACACCAUGCAGCGUCAGGAUAGAACACAGAGCUCCGGUAAGACCAGAGGAGGGGGGCUGUGUAUGUACGUGAACAACAGCUGGUGUACGAACACAGUGACUGUGGACAGCCACUGCUCCCCGGACCUGGAGUAUGUGUCUGUGAAAUGCAGACCCUUUUACCUCCCGAGAGAGUUCUCUGUUGUAAUACUAACAGCUGUUUACAUACCGCCGGACGCUAAUGCUAAGGUGGCUAGCAACCAUCUGCAUAGUAGCAUUGGCUCCCAGGAGAGUAAAUAUCCUGACGCUGUACACAUCGUAGCAGGGGACUUCAACCAUGCCGAUUUGAAAACAGUUCUCCCUAAAUUCUACCAACAUGUCAAAUGCACAACCCGUGGAGAUAAGACUCUUGACAAGGUCUACUCUAACAUCAAGCUUGGCUACAGGGCCAAACCACUACCUCACCUGGGCCAGUCCGACCACUUGUCUCUGCUGCUAAUACCCGCAUAUGCCCCCCUCAGGAAAAGUACACCCACCAUCACAAAAACGGUAACAACUUGGCCUGAUGGAGCCUCUCAACAGCUGCAGGACUGCCUCGACAGGACGAACUGGGAGGUGUUUUUACAUCACGAUCUGGAGAUCUUUACAGGCAGUGUACUUGGAUACAUACAACACUGCAUAGCCACUGUUACUGUGGAAAAACAGAUCCGGAUCUACCCCAACCAGAAGCCCUGGAUGACCCGGGAAGUCCAGCAGCUGCUGAGGGAGAGGAAUACCGCCUUCAGGUCUGGUGACCAGGUCCUCUACUCUGCGGCCCGGGCUGACCUGAAGAGAGGCGUCAAAGGGGCCAAGUCGGACUACCGGAGGAGGAUUGAGGCACACCUGGAAAGUAACAACAGCAGGCAGGUGUGGCAGGGAGUCCAGCAGCUCACCAAUUACAAAUCCACCUUGGGAGCAGCUGAGGGUGAGGCCUCGCUGGCAGAGGAGCUAAACACCUUCUUUGCACGUUUCGAGGUGGAACCACCCAAGGCAGCCACACCACACCCCAUGGUACACAGCAACUUCACCCUCACAGAACAUGAGGUGAGACGUACCCUGCGCGCCGUGGACCCAAGGAAGGCUGCUGGGCCUGAUGGAGUGCCCGGGCGUGUGUUAAGGGACUGUGCGGAACAGCUCGCCGGAGUCUUCACAAGGAUUUUCAACCAGUCCUUGGCCGAGUCCAGUGUUCCACCAUGCCUGAAGUCCUCCAUCAUCGUCCCCCUGCCCAAGAAACCUCAGAUCUCCAGCCUCAACGACUACCGGCCAGUCGCUCUCACCCCGGUGGUGAUGAAAUGCUUUGAAAAGCUGGUCCGGGGUCACAUCACAUCACACCUGCCAAAAAGCCUUGACGUCCGGGGUCACAUCACAUCACACCUGCCAAAAAGCCUUGACCCUCACCAGUUUGCAUACAGGGCAAAUAGAUCCACAGAAGACGCCAUUGCCUCAGCCCUCCAUGCUGCACUGUCCCACCUGGAGCAGCAGGGGAGCUACGUACGGAUGCUCUUUGUGGACUAUAGCUCUGCUUUUAACACCAUACUUCCUCACAAACUGGUCAAUCUAGGCAUUCCUCACCCCACCUGCAUAUGGAUCAACAGCUUCCUCACCUGUCGCACCCAGAGGGUGAGAGUGGGCCAUCACACAUCAACGGCCCUCAGCCUCAGCACCGGUUCGCCACAGGGCUGCGUGCUGAGUCCCCUGUUGUUCACCCUUUACACACACGACUGCGUCCCCACACAUCACAACAACACCUUUGUCAAAUUUGCAGACGACACCACGGUGGUGGGGCUCAUCUCUGGGGCAGACGAGUCUGCGUACAGGAACGAGGUUGAACAUCUGGCAGCAUGGUGUGGGGAGAAUAACCUCCAGCUCAACACAGCAAAAACGAAGGAGCUGGUGAUUGACUACAGGAGGAUAAAGACUGACAUCACACCACUCAUCAUCGGCGGGGAUUGUGUGGAGCAGGUGUCAGACUUCCGGUUUCUGGGUGUUCAGAUUGAGGAGGGCCUGACCUGGACUGUAAACACCACACAGGUGAUUAAAAAAGCCCAACAGCGUCUCCACUUCCUGAGGGUCCUCAGGAAAAAUAACAUCACACAGAGACUGUUGGUGUCCUUUUACAGGUGUUCCAUCGAAGCCAUUCUUACAUAUUGCAUUUGUGUAUGGUUUAACAGCUGCACUGUGGCCCAGAGAAAGGCUCUCCAGCAGGUCGUCAACACAGCCCAGAGGAUUGUCGGUUGCCCCCUUCCCUCACUGGACGACCUUCAUUGCGCUCGCUGUGCUAAAAAAGCCCAGAACAUUAUCAAAGACACCUCCCAUCCUGGUCACCUCCUGUUUGAACUUUUGCCGUCAGGCAGACGCUAUAGGACAAUCAGAUCCAGAACGAACAGACUUAAAAACAGUUUUUUUCCGUCAGCAAUAACUACCCUCAAUGCCUUAAGGAAGUGACUGAAUACCUAUUUACUCAUUUACUUUAUUUAUUCGGAACUUAUUUAUUUAUUUAGAACUGCUAUUUAUUACUGUAUUUGUUUUUAAUGAUGCACUGACUGUCUGGCACUUUUUUAAUUUCGUUGUACUGGUUACAAUGACAAUAAAGACUAUUCUAUUCUAUUCUACUUGAGAGCUGGUUAAGCAAAAUCAGCAUUAAAGUUUAUACGAUUCUGCAUGGUCUCACUUUACCUCUUUUGUACCACCUUCUCUGUAGCCCCAACGCCCUAAAUAUAUCCAUUGUAUGUGCUUUAAUAGUCCACAGUUUUGAAUCUCGCACUUUUUUUUUUUCUAAUAUUUCCAAAACUAACUCUUUCUUUGUUCUUUAUCCUCCAUGUCCCGCUGCCUGAGAGGCCGGCCACUGGCCAGCCGGCAAGAGUCUCUCUUUGCCACUGAAGAAGGGAAACCUAUAUCCAGAUUGCAGCUUUCUGCUCACCUCUGCCUGCUCUGCCAAUCCUGUUGGCUCCUACCUGAGUACAACUCUACGCAUUCACCACGCAUAGGCACAGCUACAACUGCAUCUUCCAUCGUCCCCGUCUCGACGCUCAAGGCUACGGGUCAAUGGUCCCGAUCAGCCUUUGAAUGAUACCUCAGGCCCAAGGCUAAUAUAUUAUUAUUAUUAUUAGAAUAUUCCUAUGCUCGAUUAGCUACAAAAAAAAAAAAAUUGCUGCUGCUCCUUAAUUCUUUCCCAUAUCUAUUGCAUUACGCAUAUUCCCAACUAUAAAUUUGUGUAUGGAUUAAAUUAAUCCUGAUCCAUGAUCAUGUUGUGAGGGUAACCAAUACUAUGCAAGCUUUGUAGGUGGGUAGGUUGCUUCAUAGUUUCUCGCUGCUGGCUGCCCUCCCUCCCCUGUAGGUGCCUUCAUGUAGCUCAUGAAAGCUGGGGAGGGUUGCCAGUAUGGCUGCUGCUUUUUCUGCCUUGGCUUUUCAUAUAUGCACAUGAAAGGGAGGGCAUUCCCUCUCAUUGCCUUGGGAUUCUAUGCAAGCGCAUGAGAGAGCAGGGAACUCUCAGAACAGAGCCAUACCGACAAUGUUAAAAAAAUUUUUGCUAGUAAUAAAUAAUUGAUUCUAACUAAAGUAGUCCUGACUGAAAUUAAGCAUGGCUGUAGUUCAGGCAGGACACAAGGUACAGUCAAGCUAAAGGUUAAAGCCAGCUGAUCUUAAGCUAGCCCUCAGUCAGAUGACAGCUUAGCUGAUCGCCCUCCAGUCAUCCUUCAGAUCGCUACACGGCUCAUUCCUUUCACAUAGGUGCAGCUACAACCGCAGCUUUGACGGCUCCUGUGUCGACCCUCAAAGCCAUGGGCCAAUAGUCGUCAGCUGCGUACAAACGCUAUCUGCGCCCCGAGGCUCGGGACAUUCUCGAAGCCCAAAAACUAUGAGUACCUAUAACUUUGGCACAUAGAUGCUAAUUAAAUGAAAUAUAUAAACAACCUGCAGAUAAAUAUCCAUGCUUGGGCAACGGGUCUCUCUAACCCGUCUUUCUUUCAGCAGCGCUCACCUCCCCUGCUAGCUCCUAGACUGCACGGCAUGGUUGUUUUGGGGGGGUUCUGUUCAUUGCUGCUCUACUCCUGCCUCCUCCGCCUUCAUGAUGGCACGUGGAGGGCGGGAAGGUGCUCUUCCUGCCGCUGGCCUUUCACCCCUGCCAACGUGGAGAACGGGGGCCCUGAACAGAACCUCGCGUGCGCUCCCUGCUAUCGCCUUUCAUGAUGGCUCGUGAAAGGCAGGAAGGGGCUCUUCCUGCCUUGGGCUUCCACACAAGCGCGUGGAAGGGCAGGGACCCGAAACAGAAUCAUGCCGCCAAAUCUAACUUGCACAAUAAAGCUAAAAAUUUGGACAAAGUGUACCUGACUGAAAUGAAGCAUAGCGUUAGUUCUGUCAGGACACAACGUCAAGCGCUGAUCCACAGCCAAUGGCUAGUAGCCACCUCAACCAGAUGAUAAUCAGCUGAUUCACACCUAGAUCCUAUUGGUUCUUUGCCUAUAGAGUGCCUUAUUUAAAACUGCACUAACCCAGCCUCUUCCUCUGCUCUGACAGCAAACCAGCAACACACUGCCACACCAGCUCCACCCUCGUGCCAGCUAAUUGCUCCGCUGUCCUUGAAGCGCUCCUGUUCCAGGGGGGGUUUGUUCAUUGCUGCUCUACCCCCGCCACCUCCGCCUUCAUGAUGGCUCGAGGAGGGCGAGUUUAACAAUUUCCACAACCUCAAGUUCAAAAAGAACACAAACUCAAGUUCAAACACGCCACGAACUCAAGUUCAACAAACACCACAAACUCAAGUUCAACCAACACCCAAUUCUCAAGUUCAACAAUUUCCACCGACUCAAGUUCAAAAACACCACAAAGUCAAGUUCAAACAAGACACAAACUGAAGUUCAAUGAACACCACAUACAUAAGUUCAACAAAUGUCAAAGUUUUAAGUUCAACCAACACCCAAAUCUAAAGUUUAACAAUUGCCGAAGCCUCAAGUAAGAAAAACAACAAAAAUUCAGGUUAAAACACGCCACAAACUCAAGCUCAACACCGCCACAAACUCAAGUUAAAAAGCACCACAAACCAAAGUUCAAACACGACACAAACUCAAGUUCAACCAAAUCCCAAAUCUCAAGUUUGACAAUUGCCACAACGUCAAGUUCAAAAACAACAGAAACUCAAGUCAAAACACGCCACAAACUCAAGUUCAACAAACACACAAACUCAAGUCAAAACACGCCACAAACUCAAGUUAAACAAACACACAAACUCAAGUUCAAAAACACCACAAACUCAAGUUCAACCAACACCCAAAUCUCAAGUUUAACAAUUGCCACAAACUUAAAUUCAAAAAACACACAAAAAUUCAAACUAAAGUUCAGAGAAAAAUACAGACUCAAGUUCAACAAUUGCCACAAACUCAAGUUCAACAAACACCACAAUCUUAAGUUAAAAAAAUGCCAAAAUUUCAAAUUCAACAAAUGACCUAAACUCACAUUUAACAAUUGCCAAAAACUCAAGUUCAACAAACUCAAGUUCAAAAAUUGCAACAACCUCAAGUUCAAAAAACACACAAAUUCAAGUUCAAAAACACCACAAACUCAAGUUCAAAAAAACACAAAAAUUCAAGUUCAAAAACACCACAAACUCAAGUUAAAUGAACACCACAAAGUCAAGUUCAACAAAUGUCAAAGUUUUAAGUUCAACCAACACCCAAAUCUAAAGAUUAACAAUUGCCAAAACCUUAAGUUAAAAAACAACACAAACUCAAGUUCAAAAACGCGACAAACUCAAGUUUAACAAUUGCCACCAAAUAAAGUUCACUAAAAACCAAAGACUCAAGUUAAAAACUCAAGUUCAAAAAUUGCAACAAACUCAAGUUCAAACACAACACUCAAGUUCAAACAUGACACAAACUCAAGUUCAAACACGACACAAACUCAAGUUCAAACACGACACAAACUCAAGUUCAAACACGGCACAAACUCAAGUUCAAACAACACCCAAAUAUCAAGUUUAACAUUUGCCAAAACCUCAAGUUCAAAAACACCACAAACCCAAGUUCUAAACGACAAAAACUCAAGUUCAACAAACACACGAACUCAAGUUCAACAAUUGCCACCAACUAAUGUUCAGAGAAAAAUACAGACUCAAUGUUAACAAUUGCCACAAACUAAAGUUCAACAAACACCACA